AUGGGGUUGGGGUGCGGGGGGGCUUUUGGGCCAGAGAGGAAGAAUAAAACGUUUGUAUAGUUUUUCUGGUGGGAUAAACGUGAGGAGGAGAGAGGGGGAAGGAACAGGAGAGGAGACAGGGGGAGGAGACGGGAGGAGGAGACAGGGAGGAGGAACGGGGAGGGGACGGGAGGGGAAGGGGGGAGGAGCGGGGAAAAGGGAAACGGGAGAGGAACAGGGAGGAGGAGACAGGGUGCAUGUGAACGCGGGUUUUUUCGUUUUAAAGGCAUGCCUGCUGCAGUACAUCCUUUUGUUUGGUUUUAGCGCAGGGUUUUUGCAUGGGGAUUUUUGUGUAAUUACUGUGUCCCUCUUAGGGGUCAUAUCGCCCCAGAUGCUGCAUUUAAAAAUCGUUUGGUGAAGCUCCACCAGCCCCCUGUGAAAACAAAACAUCUGUCCCAUUGCAUCCCGACCAUAAAGGGUGUUUUUGGCGGAAGGCGGUGGGUGACAGAAGGGGCGGGAAGGGGGAGGAUGGGGGUGGGUGGGGGGGGGGGGGGGGGGGGGGGGGGGGGGGGCUGUGAUGCGUGCUGGCAUCCCCUCUCCACAGCUUCCCUCCCUAAGACGCCAGGCUUUUGGCAGAUGCCAGACGGUUUGGAGUGUGUUGUGUGUGUGCCUGUGUGAAUGCCCCUGUGCUCUCUCUGCCUCUCAAUGGUCAUCUACUGUGAAGGGCCUUGGCCAUGCCCAGAGUCAAUGGGGGGUCUGCCAGUGGGGGGUCCUGGGGGGAAUAAAGUAGCGCCAUUCUCACACCUUCACCUCUUAGCUCCAGCCAGCCCCAGAACCACACUGAUACUGCUGUCCAAACAUUUGGUAGUGGGUUGCAAUGAUGCGUAAACCCCAAGCAGGCAGGAACCUCAGAGAUAUGACAACCCCAUAUCUCCUAACAUAGGAUUUAUUUCCUAUAGGUGGGAGAAGUAUUAUUGUAGUAAGUUACCGAAUAGCCAUCUAAUUAAACGGAUUAAUCAGUGGGAAAGUGGUGAUCAUUUUGCAUUAGUGCAGCACAGGUGUGAGGGGGCUCCCAGGAAUUGCAGCUCUCUGCCAAGACUCACUCCAUGGUUCAGAGCUAGAGAGCCAGAGAGAUUGUAUGCUGCUGUCACCAGAUGAUGAUGGCGAACAGUGGAUUUGAGCUCAUUGUUUGUCUCAGAGUAGGGAUGAUGGAUGCUAUCUUGGAACUGUAAGGAAGUGUUACUAAUCCAGAGAAGAUACAUACAUUGUGUACAUGCCCCAACAAAUUGGUUGCUGUUCUGAGGCCAAAAGGGGGUGCCAACUCAAUAUUAGCAAGGUGUUCGUAUGUUUUUUACACUCAGUGUACAUGGGAUGUAUCACAUAUAUUGAGAUGCUCUCUCUCUCUCUCUCUCUCUCUCUCUCUCUUCUCUCUCUCUCUCGCUCUCUCGCUCUCUCGCUCUUCGCUCUCUCUCCUCUCUAUCGCUCUCAUUGUCUUGUUGACCAGACAGAGACUUUAAUGAGCUCAGUAAACAAUGCCAGGAUGACAACCUCACUGGGCCUUUGUUUUUCUCCAGGCUGGAGGGUCAAAAGUGUAUCGUACCUCAAUUAUCGCAGGCCAAUUGGUUUGACCGCCGCACCUGUCCCCCGGCCAGAGACAGAGAUGGUGAAAUGAUACAAUCUCUUAUCAUUUAAAAGAUCUUCUCUCCAAAUACCCUUUAAUUUGAAUUCACUUCUGACAUAACGCCAGCCUGAAUGUCAACCUCUUUAAAUGUUGAAAAAUAACAGAUAACCAUGGAGGACCAAUGAAAUGCUCUAUUCCAAUCAGCUUGGUGAUAGGGAAGCAGGGUGGGUACAUGUUUGCUAAUCCAUGACCUGGUUGUUUCCCCGGCGGCUGUUUUCUCCAGGGCGCUGGGUCUUUGUUCAGACAGGAUGUGACAGGCCAUGUCACAGCCCUCUUCUCUCGCAGGCCAUGACUCCCCCAUGCGGACACACAGGCACGAAUGCACACCCACAAACACACACAUAUCCACACACACAUAAUGUACACACAAACGCUCACACACUCCGCCAUGUCGCUGUGUGACUGGGAUGCCCCUCGGCCCCAGACUGGCAUCACAGUGUUGUCCACAAGCGUUAGCAACAGACGUUCAUAGCACCCCAUCUGUCUGCUAGUAUCACCACAGCAGGCCUAACGCGGAUGCCCGCUCAACACUCAUCUACCAUUGAUCCUCCGCUAGUUUUUUUCUUCUUAUCGACACGUAUGUUGCCAAUUGAUUUCUUACUUUUCUUGUUGCAUGGCGGAGUGUGUGAACUGUUGCUCAAUGUGUACUCGUUUCCUCUUGUUUCGACAGCGUUGUUUUGUCUCAAACCCUGCUGGGGGAACAUGCGUUGGCUGCCAAUUUUCCCUUUUAUUUAUACUUCUGACAAAUACACAGGAGGUGUCUGGGAUAUUUAUUUAAAGCUUUACUUCCUUUGUGUUGAAUAAUUGCCACCACUUUCCUUCUUAUGUUUAUAUCUGGGACCAGUGGAAGUUUUAUUAUGCUGAAAUUAUUAGUGAGGCAGCCAUUAAAAGACUAGGCUGGGACCCUGUUUAGUUGUCUCUCUUUAAAUGAAUAGAGGAGACAUUUGAAUGUGAAUGCAGUUGAGUGUAGAGGAUGGGUUAUUCCAAUGGAAGUAGUUUCUGCAGCCAGCCAGUUACACAAUAGUGAAAGGCUAAUGUACUAUAUUAUGCUAACAGCUACUCUCCUUUGCAGAGCAUUGUCAGACUAAGUACUGGAAGAUGUCUGGGUUGCAGGGGAACAUUAUUCAGUAAGUAAAAAAGCUUCCAAGCCCGGCAGAGUUUUAGCCAUGAUGAUCCUAACACAUCAGUAGUUGUAGUUUAAAGUAUUACACACAUACUUGGCGUCAUCCUGGACUCCACCCUCUCCUUUGACCACCACAUAAGACAGAUUGUCAAAUCCUCAGUCUUCCACCUCCGCAACAUUGCCAAAGUCAGAUCCUCCCUCUCCCGCCCUGCCGCGGAAACCCUCAUACAUGCAUUCAUCUCCUCCCGUCUUAACUACUGCAACUCACUACUCUCCGGCAUCAACUCAAGAUCCCUCCAUAAGCUCCAAAUGGUUAAAAACAUUCCAGCCCGACUCCUCACCAACACUAAGUCAACACAAGUCCUGGCAGCACAUCACCCCUGUCCUCUGUGAACUCUACUGGCUCCCUGUUUCCCAACACAUUGAUUACAAGAUCCUCCUUCUGACCUACAAAACCCUUCACCACCUUGCCUCUCUUUAUUCAUGUUUUUGUUUAGUCUGAUGUUUUGUUUUGUCCUUGAAAAGCACUAUACAGGUAAAAGUCAGUAAAUUAGAAUAUUUUGAAAAACUUGAUUUAUUUCAGUAAUUGCAUUCAAAAGGUGUAACUUGUACAUUAUAUUUAUUCAUUGCACACAGACUGAUGCAUUCAAAUGUUUAUUUCAUUUAAUUUUGAUGAUUUGAAGUGGCAACAAAUGAAAAUCCAAAAUUCCGUGUGUCACAAAAUUAGAAUAUUGUGUAAGGGUUACAUUUUGAAGACACCUGGUGCCACAAAAUAAUCAGCUGAUUAACUCAAAACACCUGCAAAGGGCUUUAAAUGGUCUCUCAGUCCAGUUCUGAAGCCUACACAAACAUGGGGAAGACUUCAGAUUUGACAGCUGUCCAAAAGGCGACCAUCGACACAUUGCACAAGGAGGGAAAGACACAAAAGGUUAUUGCAGAAGAGGCUGGCUGUUCUCAGAGCUCUGUGUCCAAACACAUUAAUAGAGAGGCAAAGGGAAGGAAAAACUGUGGUCAGAAAAAGUGUACAAGCGAUAGGGAUCACCGCGCCCUAGUCAAGAUUGUGAAAAAAAAACCAUUCAAAAAUGUGGGGGAGAUUCACAAGGAGUGGACAGCUGCUGGAGUCAGGGCUUCAAGAUCCACCACCAAGAGACGCUUGAAAGACAUGGGUUUCAACUGCCGCAUACCUCGUGUCAAGCCACUGUUGACCAAGAAACAGCGCGAAAAGCGUCUCACCUGGGCUAAGGAAAAAAAGAGCUGGACUGCUGCUGAGUGGUCUAAAGUCAUGUUUUCUGACGAAAGCAAAUUUUGCAUUUCCUUUGGAAAUCGAGGUCCCAGAGUCUGGAGGAAGACAGGAGAGGCACAGGAUCCACGUUGCCUGAAGUCUAGUGUAAAGUUUCCACCAUCAGUGAUGGUUUGGGGUGCCAUGUCAUCUGCUGGUGUCGGUCCACUCUGUUUCCUGAGAUCAAGGGUCAACGCAGCCGUCUACCAGCAAGUUUUAGAGCACUUCAUGCUUCCUGCUGCUGACCUGCUCUAUGGAGAUGGAGAUUUCAGGUUCCAACAGGACUUGGCGCCUGCACACAGCGCAAAAUCUACCCGUGCCUGGUUUACGGACCAUGGUAUUUCUGUUCUAAAUUGGCCAGCCAACUCCCCUGACCUUAGCCCCAUAGAAAAUCUGUGGGGUAUUGUGAAAAGGAAGAUGCAGAAUGCCAGACCCAACAACGCAGAAGAGUUGAAGGCCACUAUCAGAGCAACCUGGGCUCUCAUAACACCUGAGCAGUGCCAGAAACUCAUCGACUCCAUGCCACGCCGCAUUAAUGCAGUAAUUGAGGCAAAAGGAGCUCCAACCAAGUAUUGAGUAUUGUACAUGCUCAUAUUUUUCAUUUUCAUACUUUUCAGUUGGCCAACAUUUCUAAAAAAUCCCUUUUUUGUAUUAGCCUUAAGUAAUAUUCUAAUUUUGUGACACACGGAAUUUUGGAUUUUCAUUUGUUGCCACUUCAAAUCAUCAAAAUUAAAUGAAAUAAACAUUUGAAUGCAUCAGUCUGUGUGCAAUGAAUAAAUAUAAUGUACAAGUUACACCUUUUGAAUGCAAUUACUGAAAUAAAUCAAGUUUUUCAAAAUAUUCUAAUUUACUGACUUUUACCUGUAUAAUUCCCAUGCAUUAUUAUUAUUAUUGUUAUGGAUUUUGUUAGCGUGAGUUGUUCUAUAAUCUCUAAAUUAUAUAUUUUUGUGACUUUUGUACAGACGUGGUGUGUUUGUCCAUAAAUGGUAAUGUAAAAUAAGAUCUGAGAAGGAAUAAAAAGGGCUUAUGCAUGCUCAGUAGCAUUCUACUAUGCUUUACAUUAGUUUAUUCAAUAUUUACAUAGUGUACCUGUGCAUACGUUGCCUAUUCCAGUUCGUGUCUGGAUACGGCCAUACACAUACCAGUAUUUCACGGUUCUUUGUGACUUACUAGGGAUGUGUUCAGGGUCCUCAACAGUGGCCUUGAUUUUGUUGGUCAUUUCACUAACAGCUCUCCCUGGCACAGCAUAGAAAACAUCUGCCCCAGUCUGAGUGGUCAGCUCCUACAUAGACACCCCAGGCCCUGCAUUCACAGCAACACUGCCAUCUCUCUGGCAGUUGCCAGACUAAAUGAAUUACUGAUGGAGCUGUUCUACUAGCCACACAUUGAUUGGGAGAUGUAAUGCUCUCCUACCAAUCCCAUUUUCCUGUCCAAUGCCCUUAAAUUUGUCUGUGUUUAGUAGUCCUUUAACCUACAAUAAUACUAGCUGAGGAACGGUCAUCUCCGUUCUCUUAAAUCGAGGCGGAGUUGAGUAUUGACAACUGGUCGCGCGAUUUGCUAGCAACAACAUUGAGUCACCAUCAGUCGAAACUUGUAAAAAUUUUAAUUCUGAAAACGCUUACCUGUACCUACAUUGCCUUGCAAAAGUAUUCAUACCCCUUGGAUUUCUUCACAUUUUAUUGUGUUACAAAGUGGGGUUAAAAUAUAUUUAAUUUUUGGUCAAUCUACACAAAAUACUCUGUAAUGUCAAAGUGGAAGAUUUUAAAAUAUAUAUUUUUAAAGAUUUAUAGAAAUUAAAUAACUAAUAUAUAGUCAUUGCAUAUUGCAUAAGUGUUCAGCUCCCUGAGUCAAUACAUGUUAGAAACACCUUUGGCAGCGAUUAAAGCUGUGAGUCUUCUUGGGUAAGUCUCUAAGACCUCUACACACCUGGAAUGUGCAAUAUUAGCCCAUUAUUAUUUUCAUAAUUCUUCAAGCUCUAUCAAGUCUUGCCAUAGAUUUUCAAGCAGAAGUCAAAACAGAAACUUGGCAACUCAGGAACAUUCUGUCAACGUCUGGGUGAAGUGGUGAAACGGAAUCAGGCGCAGGACACAGAACUGAGAAAAUGAAUGGCUUUACUAAACAAAAGUAAACCAUAACAAACCCUCCACGCAGGGAAGAGCAGAACAACAGCUCACCAAACGACGUAAAACAACGGACAAUCACGCACAAACUCAGGAGGGAAAACAGAGGUAAUUAUAGGGACACAAAUAAGCAUAAUGGGUAAAAGGUGUGAUUAAUAAAGACAAGACUAGUGUAACACAGAAACAUCGAUCGGUGGCAGCUAGUACUCCGGUGACGACGAACGCCGAAGCCUGCCUGAGCAAGGAGGAGGGGCAGCCUCAGCUAUAUUCGUGACAGUACCCCCCCCCCCCCCCGACGCGCGGAUGACGACGAUGGAAAUCCCUUAACAAGGAGGGGUCGAGGAUGUCCCUCCUGGGAACCCAGCUCCGUUCCUCCGGACCGUACCCCUCCCACUCCACGAGAUACUGCAGGCCUCCCACCCGACGCCUCAAAUCCAGAAUGGAAUGGACCGAGUACGCCGGUGCCCCCUCGAUGUCCAAUGGGGGCGGAGGAACCUCCCGCACCUCAGACUCCUGGAGCGGACCAGCUACCACCGGCCUGAGGUGGCGGUUGGCACUCGCCUUCUGUCUCCUAAUAGCCCUUUGCAGGCGUACAUGGGCAGCGUUCCAUGUCUCCUCCGAGCGCCGAAACCAUUCAUCCACCGCAGGUGCCUCGAUCUGGCUCUGAUGCUAUGGUGCCAGGACCGGCUGGUAACCUAGUACACACUGAAAGGGAGACAGGUCAGUGGAGGAGUGGCGGAGGGAAUUUUGUGCCAUCUCUGCCCAGGGGAUGUAAACUGACCAAUCCCCCUGCCGGUCCUGGCAAUAUGACCUCAGAAACCUACCCACAUACUGGUUUACUCUCUCCACCUGCCCAUUACUCUCGGGGUGAAACCCUGAGGUCAGGCUGACCGAGACCCCCAGAUGGUCCAUGAACGCCUUCCAGACCCUUGAUGUAAACUGGGGACCCCGAUCAGACACUAUAUCCUCAGGUACCCUGUAGUGACGACAGGACUUAGAAAACCGAUCCACAACGACCAGGAUUGUGGUGUUACCUUGUGACGGAGGAAGAUCCGUAACAAAGUCCACCGAUAGGUGUGACCACGGCCAUUGCGGAACGGGGAGAGGUUGUAAUUUCCCUCUGGGCAGGUGUCUAGGUGCCUUGCACUGGGCGCACACCGAACAGGAAGAAACAUAAACCCUCACGUCCUGAGCUAAGGUAGGCCACCAGUACUUCCCACUAAGACAGCGCACUGUCCGACCGAUGCCAGGAUGGCCAGAAGAGGGUGACGUGUGAGCCCAAUAGAUCAAACGAUUGCGAACCUCAGACGGAACGUACACACGACCCACUGGACACUGGGGGGGAGUGGGCUCCGUGCGUAACUCCCACUCGAUGUCCGCGUCAAUAUUAACCUCCCAUACCACCGGUGCCACCAGAUAAGAAGCCGGAAGUAUGGGAGUGGGCUCCCUGGUCCGCUCCUCUGAGUCAUACAGCCGGGACAGAGCGUCUGCCUUAGCAUUCUGGGAACCUGGUCUGUACGAUAGGGUGAACACAAAACGCGUGAAAAACAUGGCCCACCUUGCCUGAUGAGGGUUCAGUCUCCUCGCUGCCCGUAUGUACUCCAGAUUGCGGUAUUCAGUCAAAAUAAAUUAAAAAAAAUAAAGCGCUCGGUGUUUUGUCCCCUCAAGCCAAUGUCUCCACACCUUAAGAGCUUUCACAACAGCUAACAGCUCCCGGUCCCCCACAUCAUAGUUUUGCUCUGCUGGGCUGAGCUUCUUCGAAAAGAAAGCACAGGGGCGGAGUUUGGGAGGCGUACCCGAGCGCUGAGACAGUACAGCUCCUAUCCCAGCCUCGGACGCGUCCACCUCGACUGUGAAUUGCAAGGAAGGAUCCGGAUGAGCCAGCAAGGGAGCCGAAGUGAACAGCGCCUUCAGCUGACCAAAAGCCCUGUCCACCUCAGCUGACCAGUGCAGGCACACCGGUCCGCCCUUUAGCAAAGAGGUUAUGGGAGCUGCUACCUGACCAAAGCCCCGGAUAAAUCUCCGGUAGUAGUUGGCAAACCCCAAAAAUCGCUGAACCUCCUUUACCGUGGUAGGAGUCGGCCAAUUACGCAUGGCUGAAAUGCGGUCACACUCCAUCUCGACCCCUGACUCUGACAGGCGGUAUCCUAAGAAAGAGAUGGAUUGUUUGAAGAACAGACAUUUCUCAGCCUUAACAUACGGGUCAUUCUCCAACAGUCUACCAAGCACCUUGCGCACCAGGGAUACAUGCUCGUCGCGUGUAUCGGAGUAGAUGAGAAUAUCAUCUAUAUACACCACUACACCCUGUCCGUGCAGAUCCCUGAAAAUCUCAUCGACAAAGGAUUGAAAGACUGAGGGAGCAUUCAUCAACCCGUACGGCAUGACGAGGUACUCAUAGUGACCAGAGGUGGUACUAAAUGCCGUCUUCCACUCGUCCCCUUCCCGGAUAUGAACUAGAUUGUACGCGCUCCUGAGGUCCAAUUUUGUGAAGAAGCGCGCCCCGUGCAAUGACUCCGUCAUACUAGCUAUGAGAGGUUGAGGAUAGCUGUAUUUUUUUUACGUCAUCUGAUUUAGACCUCGAUAGUCAAUGCACGGGCGUACACCUCCAUCCUUCUUCUUCACAAAAAAGAAACGAGGAGGCAGGGGAAGUGGAGGGCCGAAUGUAUCCCUGUCCCAGAGAUCCGAUGACAUAUGUCUCCAUAGCCACCGUCUCCUCCUGUGACAGAGGAUACACGUGACUCCGGGAAGUGCAGCGCCCUCCCGGAGAUCUAUCGCACAAUCCCCUCGUCGAUAGGGUGAUAAUUGAGUCGCCUUCAUUUUACAGAAGGCGAGAGCCAAAUCGGCAUAUUCUGAGGGAAUGUGCAUUGUGGAGACAUGGUUUGGACUCUCCACCAUAGUUGCCCCUACGGAAACACCUACACACCUUCCCGAGCACUGAGUUGACCAUCCCUUAAGAGCCCUCUGUUGCCAUGAAAUCCUGGGGUCAUGGUUGGCUAGCCAGGGAAGCCCCAGCACCACAGGAAAUGCAGGAGAAUCGAUAAGGAAGAGACUCAUUCUCUCCUCAUGACCCCCCUGCGUCUCCAUCCGGAGAGGAACUGAGACCUCCCUAACCAUAACCGACCCUAAAGGGCGACUAUCUAGGGCACGUAUGGGGAAGGACACAUCUACAGGCAAUAUAGGAAUCCCUAAUUUAUGCGCAACCAGCCUAUCCAUAAAAUUCCCAGCUGCGCCGGAAUCUACGAGCGCCUUAUGUGGGGAAAACCCAGGGAAAUGUACAUUGACCGUCAUGUGAGCAACAGGGAGCUCUGGGUGAGGUGGGUGCCUACUCACCUGGGAUGGUCCACCAGGGCCCUGCCUGCUGCCUCGAUUCCAUGAGGGUCCUCUCCUGCACCGGCCCGCAGUGUGUCCUCUGUGGCCAAAGUUGGUGCAGGAGACCACCCCCUUGCCAGGUCUCUUUUUAUUAAUUUUUUUAUUUCACCUUUAUUUAACCAGGUAAGACAGUUGAGAACAAGUUCUCAUUUACAACUGCGACCUGGCCAAGAUAAAGCAAAGCAGUGUGAUAAAAACAACAACACAGAGUUACAUAUGGGGUAAAACAAAACAUAAAGUCAAAAAUACAACAGAAAAUAUAUAUACAGUGUGUGCAAAUGUAGCAAGUUAUGGAGGUAAGUCAAUAAAUAAUUACAAUUAGUAUUAACACUGGAAUGAUAGAUGUGCAAGAGAUGAUGUGCAAAUAGAGAUACUGGGGUGCAAAUGAGCAAAAUAAAUAACAGUAUGGGGAUGAGGUAGUUGGGUGGGCUAAUUUCAGAUGGGCUGUGUACAGGUGCAGUGAUCGGUAAGGUGCUCUGACAACUGAUGCUUAAAGUUAGUGAGGGAGAUAAGAGUCUCCAGCUUCAGAGAUUUUUGCAAUUCGUUCCAAUCAUUGGCAGCAGAGAACUGGAAGGAAUGGCGGCCAAAGGAGGUGUUGGCUUUGGGGAUGACCAGUGAGAUAUACCUGCUGGAGCGCAGAUUACGGGUGGGUGUUGCUAUGGUGACCAAUGAGCUAAGAUAAGGCGGGGAUUUGCCUAGCAGUGAUUUAGAGAUGGCCUGGAGCCAGUGGGUUUAGCGACAAAUAUGUAGUGAGGACCAGCCAACAAGAGCAUACAGGUCACAGUGGUGGGUAGUAUAUGGGGCUUUGGUGACAAAACGGAUGGCACUGUGAUAGACUACAUCCAAUUUGCUGAGUAGAGUGUUGGAGGCUAUUUUGUAAAUGACAUCGCCGAAGUCAAGGAUCGGUAGGAUAAUCAGUUUUACGAGGGCAUGUUUGGCAGCAUGAGUGAAGGAGGCUUUGUUGCGAAAUAGGAAGCCGAUUCUAGAUUUAACUUUGGAUUGGAGAUUCUUGAUGUGAGUCUGGAAGGAGAGUUUACAGUCUAACCAGACACCUAGGUAUUUGUAGUUGUCCACAUACUCUAGGUCAGACCCGUCGAACGCCAGCAGCGUUCGAUUGAAGAGCAUGUAUUUAGUUUUACUAGUGUUUAAGAGCAGUUGGAGGCUACUGAAGGAGUGUUGUAUGGUAUUGAUGCUCGUUUGGAGGUUUGUUAACACAGUGUCCAAUGAAGGGCCAGAUGUAUACAAAAUGGUGUCAUCUGCGUAGAGGUGGAUCUGAGAGUCACCAGCAGCAAGAGCGACAUCAUUGAUAUACACGGAGAAAAGAGUCGGCCCAAGAAUUGAACCCUGUGGCACCCCCAUAGAGACUGCCAUAGGUCUAGACAACAGGCCCUCCGAUUUGACACAUUGAACUCUAUCUGAGAAGUAGUUGGUGAACCAGGCGAGGCAGUCAUUUGAGAAACCAAGGCUAUUUAGUCUGCCAAUAAGAAUGCGGUGGUUGACAGAGUCGAAAGCCUUGGCCAGGUCGAUGAAGACGGCUGCACAGUACUGUCUAUUAUCGGUCACGGUUAUAAUAUCGUUUAGGACCUUGAGCGUGUUUGAGGUGCACCCAUGACCAGCUCGGAAACCGGAUUGCAUAGCGGAGAAGGUACUGUGGGAUUCGAAAUGGUCGGUAAUCUGUUUGUUAACCUCCAAGCUCCAUAGGAGUGGAGUCGGAAGUGCUGGGGGAUGGACUGGACGGACCCUGAUCCGUACGUUCGCGGUUGGCCAACAGGUUAUCCAGCUGGAUCGAUAAAUCUACCAGCUGGUCCAGGUUUAGAUUUGUGUCCCUGCAGGCCAGCUCCCUACGAACGUCCUCCCGUAGACUGCAUCGGUAGUGGUAAAUCAGGGCCCUCUCAUUCCAUCCCGCGCUGGCUGCCAGUGUCCUGAAAUCCAGGGCAAAGUCCUGUGCGCUCCUCCUCCCUUGUCUGAGGUGAAACAGACGCUCCCCCGCCGCUCUCCCCUCCGGCGGAUGAUCGAAUACUGCCCGGAAACGGCGGGUGAAAUCCUCGUAACGUACGGACUCAGCGUCUAUUCCACCCCACUCCGCGUUGGCCCAUUCCAGCGCUCUGCCCGACAGACAGGAGAUGAGGGCGGACACGCUCUCGUAUCCCGAGGGAGCCGGGUGGAUGGUUGCCAGGUAGAGCUCCACCUGGAGCAGGAAACCCUUACACCCGGCAGCUGUCCCAUCAUAUUCCCUCGGGAGCGAGAGCCGGAUUCCACUGGUUCCAGGGUUUGAUGGUCUUGAUGGGGGAGAAAUCGGAGGAGGAGGAAGUGUAGGAAACCCACUUCUCUCCCAUCGAUCCAUGGUGUUCACCACUCAAUCCAUAGUCGACCCUAAAACCUGCAGCAUGGUUGAGUGCUGCUGGAUGCGUUCCUCCACCGAGGUGCUGGGAUCGGACGUGCCUGCUGACUCCAUAGGUGGUGUGUGAUUCUGUCAACAUCUGGGUGAAUUGGUGAAACGGAAUCAGGCAAAAGUAAACCAUAACAAAAGUAAACCAUAACAAACCCUCCACGCAGGGAAGAGCAGAACAACAGCUCACCAAACAACGUAAAACAACGGACAAUCACGCACAAACUCAGGAGGGAAAACAGAGGUAAUUAUAGGGACACAAAUAAGCAUAAUGGGUAACAGGAGUGAUUAAUAAAGACAAGACUAGUAUAACACAGAAACAUCGAUCGGUGGCAGCUAGUACUCCGGUGACGACGAACGCCGAAGCCUGCCCGAGCAAGGAGGAGGGGCAGCCUCGGCUAUAUUCGUGACACAUUCACUGUCUUCCUGGUAAGCAACUCCAGUGUAGAUUUGGCCUUUUGUUGUAGGUUAUUGUCCUGCUGAAAGUUGAAUUCCUCUCCCAGUGUCUGGUGUAAAGCAGACUGAAGUAUGUUUUCCUCUAGGAUUUUGCCUGUGCUUAGCUCUAUCCCAUUUAUUUUUUAUCCCGAAAAACUCCUCAGUAUUUGCAGAUUUCAAGCAUACCCAUACCAUGAUGCAGCCACCACCAUGCUUGAAAAUAAGGAGGCAGUUACUCAGUGAAGUGUAGUGUUGCGGUCUGAGGGUGGUGCGGUCUGCCCAACUCAUCACCGGGGGCAAACUACCUGCCCUCCAGGACACCUACAGCACCCGAUGUCACAGGAAGGCCAAAAAGAUAAUCAAGGACAACAACUACCCGAGCCACUGCCUGUUCACCCCGCUAUCAUCCAGAAGGCGAGGUCAGUACAGGUGCAUCAAAGCUUGGACCGAAAGACUGAAAAACAGCUUCUAUCUCAAGGCCAUCAGACUGUUAAAUAGCCAUCACUAGGCGGCUUCCACCCGGAAGCCCUGCACCUUAGAGGCUGCUGCCUAUAUACAUAGACUUGAAAUCACUGGCCACUUAAUAAUGGAACACUAGUCACUCUAAUAAUGUUUACAUAUUUUUGCUUUACUCAUCUCAUAUGUAUAUACUGUAUUCUAUUCUACUGUAUUUUAGUCUAUGCCACUCCAACAUUGCUCAUCCUAAUAUUUAUAUAUUCCUUAAUUCCAUUCUUUUACUUUUAGGUUGUGUGUAUUGUGUGUAUUGUUGUGAAUUGUUAUAUGUACUGCACUGUUGGAGCUAGAAACACAAGCAUUUUGCUACACCUUUCAAUAACAUCUGCUAAACAUGUGUAUGUGACAAAUACAAUUUGAUUUUAUUUGGAUUUGACCCAAAAAUAAGGCUUUGCAUGUAGGCCAAAAAGUGUAUUCCUUUGACGUGUUUUUUUGUGCAAUAUUACUUUAGUGCCUUGUUGCAUACAAGAAGCAUGUUUUGUAAUAUUUGUAUUCUUCUUUUCACUCUGUCAUUUAAGUCAUUGUUGUGGAGUCACAACAAUGUUGUUCAUCCAUCCUCAGUUUUCUCCCAUCACAACCAUUGAACUCAUGGUAACAUCCCUGAUCAGUUUCAGUCCUAUCCUGCAGCUCAGUUCAGAAGGAUGACUGUAUCUUUAAUGUGUCUGGGUGGUUUAAUACAUAAUCCACAGCAUAAUUAUUAACUUGACCAUGCUUAAAGAUGUAUUCAAUGUCUGAUUGUUUUUUUGUUUUGUUUAAUAUUGCAGAUAGAUUGUAUCUUCCAUCAAUGUAAUUGUCUGCGUCACUUCCAAUUCCCUCUCACAGGUCCUCAACUGGCAGCUUCAUUAAAUAGUACCCGCAAAACACCAGUCUCAACGUCAACAGUGAAGAGGCGACUCCGGGAUGCUGACCUUCUAGGCAGAGUUGCAAAGAAAAAGCCAUAUCUCAGACUGCCCAUCUUAAUCUUUUCUUUUUAUUGGCUAGUCUGAGAUAUGGCUUUUUCUUUGCAACUCUGCCUAGAAGGUCAGCAUCCCAGAGUCACCUCUUCACUGUUGACGUUGAGACUGGUGUUUUGCGGGUACUAUUUAAUGAAGCUGCCAGUUGAGGACCUGUGAGGCGCCUGUUUCUCAAACUAGACACUCUAAUGUAUUUGUCCUCUUACUCAGUUGUGCACCGGGGCCUCCCACUCCUCUUUCUAUUCUGGUUAGAGCCAGUUUGCGCUGUUCUGUGAAGGGAGUAGUACACAGCGUUGUACGAGAUCUUCAGUUUCUUGGCAAAUUCUCGCAUGGAAUAGCCUUCAUUUCUCAGAACAAGAAUAGACGAAAGUUAUUUGUUUCUGGCCAUUUUGAGCCUGUAAUCGAACCCACAAUUGCUGAUGCUCCAGAUACUCAACUAGCCUCAAGAAGGCCAGUUUUAUUGCUUCUUUAAUCAGCACAACAGUUUUCAGCUGUGCUAACAUAAUUGCAAAAGGGUUUUCUAAUGAUCAAUUAGCCUUUUAAAAUGAUAAACUUGGAUUAGCAAACAUAACGUGCCAUUGGAACACAGGACUGAUGGUUGCUGAUAAUAGGCCUCUGUACGCCUAUGUAGAUAUUCCAUAAAAAAUCAGCCGUUUCCAGAUACAAUAGCCAUUUACAACAUUAACAAUGUCUACACUUGUCAUGAGUGUCAGUGUAAUGCGGUGGGUCGAAGUCAGGCGCAAGACACAGAACUCAAUGAAAACGUACUUUACUGAUAAGUAAAGAAACAAAUACAAAAUACCUCCACACAGGGAGGAGCAAACCCGCUCACCAAACGACACACGAAACUAAAUAACAAACACGCACAAAACACAACGGGAGCCACUGGGUUAAAUAGGGAAGGAGUAAUUACACGAUGGGAAACAGGUGUGUGACAAUCAGACAACAACAGGUAGAACAUAGAAACAUAGAACAUAGAUCAGCAGUAGCUAGUAUUCCGGUGACGACGAACGCCGAAGCCUGCCCUAGCAAGGAGGAGGGGCAGCCUCGGCAGAAUCCGUGACAACACUGUAUUUCUGAUCAAUUUUAUGUUAUUUUAAUGGACAAAAAAUGGCUUUUCUUUCGAAAACAAGGACAUUUCUAAGUGACCCCAAACUUUUGAAUGGUAGUGUAUCCUUUAAAAAAUAUAUAUUUCCCUUUAUUACUUUCCAACCCCACCACCCCUCCCAUAAUUGGAGUAAACUAGUGAACAACAACGCUUAGGCCUCUACUUCCAGCUUAUACAUACUAUAUACAUUUUAUGGACACAGUCAAUUUUACAAUAAUUAUAUUUUGUUUGUUUUUACUCCUGAACUUCCUCUACCCUCAACCUCUCCGAUCAUUUUCAUGACGUCCAUCUGGUUUGCUUUUAUAUGCCAUAUCUUUCUAACUGUGCUCUUUCACAAAGGCUCUCAACCUAUAACCUAUAUACACUGCUCAAAAAAAUAAAGGGAACACUUAAACAACACAAUGUAACUCCAAGUCAAUCACACUUCUGUGAAAUCAAACUGUCCACUUAGGAAGCAACACUGAUUGACAAUACAUUUCACAUGCUGUUGUGCAAAUGGAAUAGACAACAGGUGGAAAUUAUAGGCAAUUAGCAAGACACCCCCAAUAAAGAAGAAUCUGCAGGUGGUGACCACAGACCACUUCUCAGUUCCUAUGCUUCCUGGCUGAUGUUUUGGUCACUUUUGAAUGCUGGCGGUGCUUUCACUCUAGUGGUAGCAUGAGACGGAGUCUACAACCCACACAAGUGGCUCAGGUAGUGCAGCUCACCCAGGAUGGCACAUCAACGCGAGCUGUGGCAAGAAGGUUUGCUGUGUCUGUCAGCGUAGUGUCCAGAGCAUGGAGGCGCUACCAGGAGACAGGCCAGUAUAUCAGGAGACGUGGAGUAGGCCGUAGGAGGGCAACAACCCAGUAGCAGGACCGCUACCUCCGCCUUUGUGCAAGGAGGAGCAGGAGGAGCACUGCCAGAGCCCUGAAAAUGACCUCUAGCAGGCCACAAAUGUGCAUGUGUCUGCUCAAACGGUCAGUAACAGACUCCAUGAGGGUGGUAUGAGGGCCCGACGUCCACAGGUGGGGGUUGUGCUUACAGCCCAACACCGUGCAGGAUGUUUGGCAUUUGCCAGAGAACACCAAGAUUGGCAAAUUCGCCACUGGCGCCCUGUGCUCUUCACAGAUGAAAGCAGGUUCACACUGAGCACAUGUGACAGACGUGACAGAGUCUGGAGACGCCGUGGAGAACGUUCUGCUGCCUGCAACAUCCUCCAGCAUGACCGGUUUGGCGGUGGGUCAGUCAUGGUGUGGGGUGGCAUUUCUUUGGGGGGCCGCACAGCCCUCCAUGUGCUCGCCAGAGGUAGCCUGACUGCCAUUAGGUACCGAGAUGAGAUCCUCAGACCCCUUGUGAGACCAUAUGCUGGUGCGGUUGGCCCUGGGUUCCUCCUAAUGCAAGACAAUGCUAGACCUCAUGUGGCUGGAGUGUGUCAGCAGUUCCUGCAAGAGGAAGGCAUUGAUGCUAUGGACUGGCCCGCCCGUUCCCCAGACCUGAAUCCAAUUGAGCACAUCUGGGACAUCAUGUCUCGCUCCAUCCAACAAUGCCACGUUGCACCACAGACUGUCCAGGAGUUGGCGGAUGCUUUAGUCCAGGUCUGGGAGGAGAUCCCUCAGGAGACCAUCCGCCACCUCAUCAGGAGCAUGCCCAGGUGUUGUAGGGAGGUCAUACAGGCACGUGGAGGCCACACACACUACUGAGCCUCAUUUUGACUUGUUUUAAGGACAUUACAUCAUGAUCCACAAGUUGGAUCAGCCUGUAGUGUGGUUUUCCACUUUAAUUUUGAGUGUGACUCCAAAUCCAGACCUCCAUGGGUUGAUAAAUUUGAUUUCCAAUGAUAAUUUUUGUGUGAUUUUGUUGUCAGCACAUUCAACUAUGUAAAGGAAAAAGUAUUUAAUAAGAUUAUUUCAUUCAUUCAGAUCUAGGAUGUGUUGUUUAAGUGUUCCCUUUAUUUUUUUGAGCAGUGUACUUAUUAUGGACACAGUAUGCUUUACAUUAGUUAUCUUGUUGUUAUUAGUUGUUGUUAGUUGAUAUUAGUCCCAUCCUUCAGCUCCAUUCAACACCUCCCAUCUAUCUCUUAACACCAUUGUCACGUUCGUUGUAUAAAGGAUCGGACCGAGGUGCAGCGUGGUAUGCGUACAUGUUUAAUUUAUUAUUACAAACAACAACAAAAUAACGAAAGCAACUGAACGUGAAGUUCAAGAGGCUAAACAUCAAACAAGGCAAACAGAAUCAGAAACAAGAUCCCACAACAUAGGUAGGCAAAAUGGCUGCCUAAGUGUGAUCCCCAAUCAGAGACAACGAUCGACAGCUGCCUCUGAUUGGGAAUCACACCCAGCCAACAUAGAAAUAGAAUAAACUAUAUUCUAUCCAAAUCACAAGACGACCUAACCAAACACAGAAUACAGGUGAUCUCUAAGGUCAGGGCGUGACAACCAUCCAUAUUGGAUUUCUAUUUGCCAUAUAUUUUUCAACUGUGCUGUGAUGUUUCACAAAAGUUCGGAACCCUUCUAUUCUCAUUAUUCUACAGAUUGUAAAUUGAAAAUAUUUUUUUUUGCUAAAAGUAUUAUUAUAUUAUUGAUCAAUUGACUAUGACUUUUCAGAUCACCCAGUAGUGCUAUCUGCAAGGUUAGCUCCAGGUAAAUAUUGCAAUCCUUCAGCCAUUCCUGGACCUGUGACCAAAAACAAGCUACAAAUGGACAGUACCAAAACAAAUUAUCCAAUGAUUCUAUCUCUUCGCAGCAAAAUCUGCAGAGCUGGGUAGAUUGUAUCCCCUAUAUAAAUAACAUUAUAUUGGUAGCAAGAAUUUUAUAUAAUAAUUUAAAUAGAACAAUUCUAAGUUUUGAAUCCUUUUUGCGUAUCAGUUCAUAAACACUAUGCCAUGGGAUCGGUACGUCAAAACUCUCUUCCCAACUAUUUUGCAAUCUAUAUGGGACGGCUGUCAAUCCUUUGGUCCUUAAAUGAAACUGGUAUACUUUUUUAUUUAUCACAAUUUUCUUUAACCAAUUAUGGUCUUUAAUGCAGGGCCGACAGACAAGUUCCUUACUUUUUCCCCCUUCCACUUUCCUCUUCCAUUUUUGCGGUAAUGCUGCAAUUAUUUGGUUGUAAUUUUGGGUCGAGCAGACAUUUCCAUAUGAUUUUGUUAAUUGCAUGUGCGACAUAACUCCACCAGUCCUACCUAUGUAAUCAUUUACGAAGAUUAUACCUUUUUUCCCCAAAAUAAUGUUUUUUUAAUCAAAUAGUUAUUUGAGUUUAACCACAAUAUUUGUUGCAUUAUUUGUUCUGUCAUUUCUGGAGGAUUAAAUUGAAAUCGCAAUCAACUUUCUAUGGCUUGUUUUAGAAAUAGUGACAUUUGGGAGAUGAUUUCCUUUUCAAAUAACUGAAAGUGAGAGGUUGUAAUCUGAAUAGACAAUCUUAUUAAUUUGCUAGAGAACCAGUUCGGAUUUAAGUAUAACUUUUGUAUGACUGAAGCUUUUAGAGAUAGGUCUAAUGCUUUAAUAUUUAAUAAUUUCUGUACUCUGAAUUCAUAUUAAUUAUAUAAAUAGGCCCGUUUAAUUUUGUCUGGCUUGCCGUUCCAAAUAAAAUUGAAUAUUUUUUUCUCAUAUAAUAAAAAAAAAACUGUUCGCUAGGCGUAGGCAAGACCAUAGGCAUAUAGGUAAACUGGGAUAAUACUAAAGAGUUAAUCAGGGUGAUUUUUCAACAAAUAGACAGGUAUUUACCUUUCCAUGGUAGCAAGAUCUUAUCUACUUUUGCUAACUUUCUGUUAAAAUGUAUUGGAGUGAGAUCAUUUAUUUCAUUUGGGAUAUGUAUUCCAAGUGUAUCCACAUCACCAUCAGACCAUUUUAUUGGUAAACUACAUGGUAAUGUAAAAAUUGUGUUUUUUAGUGAUCCAAUAUGUAAUAUAAUACAUUUAUCAUAAUUUGGUUGUAAAAAUAAUAAUAAUAUGCCAUUUAGCAGACGCUUUUAUCCAAAGCGACUUACAGUCAUGCGUGCAUACAUUUUUACGUAUGGGUGGUCCCGGGGAUCAAACCCACUACCCUGGCGUUACAAGCGCCAUGCUCUACCAAUUGAGCUACAGAGAGGUUAGAAAAUAUAUCUAGAUCCUCUAUGAGGCUGUGGAGGGAUUUAAGGUGUGGAUUUAAAAGAAAACAUGAAUCAUCAGCAUACAAUGACACCUUUAUUUUUAAGCCCUGGAUUUCUAAUCCAUUGAUAUUAUUGUUGGAUCUGAUUUUAAUAGCAAACAUUUCGAUGGCCAGAAUAAAUAGAUAUGCCGAUAGUGGACAACCUAGUUUUACUCCUCUUGACAGUUUAAAACUUUCGAGAAAUAGCCAAUAUUCACUAUUUUACACCUAGGGUUACUAUACAUGAUUUUAACCCAUUUUAUAAGAGAUUCUCCAAAAUUGAAAUGCUCCAGGCAUUUAUAUAUAAACUCCAGUCGUACUUUAUCAAAUGCCUUUUCAAAGUCUGCUAUGAAUAGCAGGCCUGGUUUCCCAGAUUUUUCAUAGUGUUCUAUUGUUUCCAGUACUUGCCUUAUAUUAUCUCCAAUGUAUCGUCCAUAUAAAUAACCUGUCUGAUUAGAAUGAAUAAUGUCCGACAAUACCUUUUUAAUUCUAUGCGCUAUACAUUUAGCUAGAAUUUUUGCAUCACAACACUGAAGUGUAAGGGGCCUCCAAUUUUUUGUAUGGACUGGAUCUUUAUAUUUCCGUGCAUGUAUCCUGUUUCAGUAGUAAUGAAAUCAGACCUUCUUCUUGAGUGUCUGAUAAUCUACCAUUUACGUACUAGUGGUUAAAACAUGCUAAUAAUGGUCCUCUGAGUAUAUCGGAUCAAAAUUACUGUUAAUUAAUAUCAUCACCCCUUUUGAGUUUCUUUGCCCAUGGGAGAAGUAUAUUUCACCCCGCCUAGUCCUUUUCCCACACAACUUCAUCUAGAAUUGUUGAAUGAGUUUCCUGUAAAUAGUAGAUAUUAUAUUCCUUCUCUUUGAGCCAUGUAAAUAUUGUUCUUCUUUUGUUAUUAUCUGCUAAGCUAUUACAAUUAUAACUGGCUAUACUUAUUUCACCAUACACCAUAAUGAGAUAUACAUUUCAAGUCUAUUUAUCAUUAUAUAUGUUUGUAAAUUUACCAAUAAAAAAUACCGUAAUGAUUGAGUGUCCAUAUAGCUGUACCGUGAUAUUUGCAUUGCUACUAAGUAACCCCAAUUGUUCUCCACUAUUCCCCCCGCUAAAGCCCCUCCCCAUCCCAAGUUGGGUUGUCAUCCCAGUGAUCGGCAUACCACCCCCGUCCCCACGGAUCCUUAGGCCCCCCGAGAGGCCAUGACCCAUCCUUCGAAAACAGCACACAGUGCCACCCACAAAACAGAAGCAGGUCAACCGCCAAAAGCAUUUCCAAUGCUCUCACCUCAAUUUGCCCAACUCAAGAAAGGACCUGAUUUACGAAUGCAUAUACAGUUACAGCUGUUUGAGAAAGCAUGCAAGAUUUAGCAAAAAUUGACAAAAUUCUGAGAUUUGAUUAUAUAUAUAUAUAUAUAUACAGUGGGGAGAACAAGUAUUUGAUACACUGCCGAUUUUGCAGGUUUUCCUACUUACAAAACAUGUAGAGGUCUGUAAAUUUUAUCAUAGGUACACUUCAACUGUGAGAGACGGAAUCUAAAACAAAAAUCCCAAAAAUCACAUUGUAUGAUUUUUAAGUAAUUCAUUUGCAUUUUAUUGCAUGACAUAAGUAUUUGAUACAUCAGAAAAGCAGAACUUAAUAUUUGGUACAGAAACCUUUCUUUGCAAUUACAGAGAUCAUAUGUUUCCUGUAGGUCUUGACCAGGUUUGCACACACUGCAGCAGGGAUUUUGGCCAACUCCUCCAUACAGACCUUCUCCAGAUCCUUCAGGUUUCGGGGCUGUUGCUGGGCAAUACGGACUUUCAGCUCCCUCCAAAGAUGUUCUAUUGGGUUCAGGUCUGGAGACUGGCUAGGCCACUCCAGGACCUUGAGAUGCUUCUUACGGAGCCACUCCUUAGUUGCCCUGGCUGUGUGUUUUGGGUCGUUGUCAUGCUCGAAGACCCAGCCACGACCCAUCUUCAAUGCUCUUACUGAGGGAAGGAGGUUGUUGGCCAAGAUCUCGCGAUACAUGGCCCCAUCCAUCCUCCCCUCAAUACGGUGCAGUCGUCCUGUCCCCUUUGCAGUAAAGCAUCCCCAAAGAAUGAUGUUUCCACCUCCAUGCUUCACGGUUGGGAUGGUGUUCUUGAGGUUGUACUCAUCCUUCUUCUUCCUCCAAACACGGCGAGUGGAGUUUAGACCAAAAAGCUCUAUUUUUGUCUCAUCAGACCACAUGACCUUCUCCCAUUCCUCCUUUGGAUCAUCCAGAUGGUCAUUGGCAAACUUCAGACGGGCCUGGACAUGCGCUGGCUUGAGCAGGGGGACCUUGCGUGCGCUGCAGGAUUUUAAUCCAUGACGGCGUAGUGUGUUACUAAUGGUUAUCUUUGAGACUGUGGUCCCAGCUCUCUUCAGGUCAUUGACCAGGUCCUGCCGUGUAGUUCUGGGCUGAUCCCUCACCUUCCUCAUGAUCAUUGAUGCCCCACGAGGUGAGAUCUUGCAUGGAGCCCCAGACCGAGGGUGAUUGACCGUCAUCUUGAACUUCUUCCAUUUUCUAAUAAUUGCGCCAACAGUUGUUGCCUUCUCACCAAGCUGCUUGCCUAUUGUCCUGUAGCCCAUCUUAGCCUUGUGCAGGUCUACAAUUUUAUCCCUGAUGUCCUUACACAGCUCUCUGGUCUUGGCCAUUGUGGAGAGGUUGGAGUCUGUUUGAUUGAGUGUGUGGACAGGUGUCUUUUAUACAGGUAACAAGUUCAAACAGGUGCAGUUAAUACAGGUAAUGAGUGGAGAACAGGAGGGCUUCUUAAAGUAAAACUAACAGGUCUGUGAGAGCCGGAAUUCUUACUGGUUGGUAGGUGAUCAAAUACUUAUGUCAUGCAAUAAAAUGCAAAUUAAUUACUUAAAAAUCAUCCAAUGUGAUUUUCUGGAUUUUUGUUUUAGAUUCCGUCUCUCACAGUUGAAGUGUACCUAUGAUAAAAAUUACAGACCUCUACAUGAUUUGUAAGUAGGAAAACCUGCAAAAUCGGCAGUGUAUCAAAUACUUAUUCUCCCCACUGUGUAUAUAUAUAUAUAUAUAUAUAUAUAUAUAUAUAUAUAUAUAUAUAUAUAUAUAUAUAUAUAUAUAUAUAUAUAUAUAGCUAUUAAAAAUAUUUAUCUAUUCAAAUAUCUUGCAUAUCUUAAUUUCCAUCAUUAUCAAUUAAUAUGCAUAAUAAUGUCGGCAGUUCAUGUGAAGGAUUGUUACCUAUAACCCGGAUUGCCAUUGUAUUACAUUACAUUUUUGUCAAGCAAUUAUUAUUUUAGCAAACAAUUAUUGUGGUUCAUCCUAUAUCUUCCCUAACAUCCUUACCCCCUUACAAAAUAUGUGGGAUACACACACACACACACACACACACACACACACACACACACACAACAACACACACACACACACACACACACACAUACUCUUACACACUCAACCCCUUUCCUCCACAAUCAACCAUAAACUCAGAUGCUCAACUGUUGUUACGUCCCAGAGCCCAUCUCAAGAAAGGACCUGAUUUACGAAUGCAUACAGUGAGGGAAAAAAGUAUUUGAUCCCCUGCUGAUUUUGUACGUUUGCCCACUGACAAAGAAAUGAUCAGUCUAUAAUUUUAAUGGUAGGUUUAUUUGAACAGUGAGAGACAGAAUAACAACAAAAAAGUCCAGAAAAACGCAUGUCAAAAAUGUUAUAAAUUGAUUUGCAUUUUAAUGAGGGAAAUAAGUAUUUGACCCCCUCUCAAUCAGAAAGAUUUCUGGCUCCCAGGUGUCUUUUAUACAGGUAACGAGCUGAGAUUAGGAGCACACUCUUAAAGGGAGUGCUCCUAAUCUCAGCUUGUUACCUGUAUAAAAGACACCUGUCCACAGAAGCAAUCAAUCAAUCAGAUUCAAAACUCUCCACCAUGGCCAAGACCAAAGAGCUCUCCAAGGAUGUCAGGGACAAGAUUGUAGACCUACACAAGGCUGGAAUGGGCUACAAGACCAUCGCCAAGCAGCUUGGUGAGAAGGUGACAACAGUUGGCGCGAUUAUUCGCAAAUGGAAGAAACACAAAAUAACUGUCAAUCUCCCUCGGCCUGGGGCUCCAUGCAAGAUCUCACCUCGUGGAGUUGCAAUGAUAAUGAGAACGGUGAGGAAUCAGCCCAGAACUACACGGGAGGAUCUUGUCAAUGAUCUAAAGGCAGCUGGGCCCAUAGUCACCAAGAAAACAAUUGGUAACACAUUACGCCGUGAAGGACUGAAAUCCUGCAGCGCCCGUAAGGUCCCCCUGCUCAAGGCACAUAUACAGGCCCAUCUGAAGUUUGCCAAUGAACAUCUGAAUGAUUCAGAGGAGAACUGGGUGAAAGUGUUGUUGGCCACCAAGUACUAAGUAAUGCUUUGCAGAGGGGUCAAAUACUUAUUUCCCUCAUUAAAAUGCAAAAUCAAUUUAUAACAUCUUUGACAUGCGUUUUUCUGGAUUUUGUUGUUGUUAUUCUGUCUCUAACUGUUCAAAUAAACCUACCAUUAAAAUUAUAGACUGAUCAUGUCUUUGUUAGUGGGCAAACGUACAAAAUCAGCAGGGGAUCAAAUACUUUUUUCCCUCACUGUAUACAGUUACAGCUGUUUGAGAAAACAUGCAAGAUUUAGCAAAAAUUGACAAAAUUCUGAGAUUUGAUUAACCUAUGUCAAGUCCUAGGUGAUGGAGAUCAGAUCCACCCUCUUCCCCUGAAACACAAACACUCUGUUGGAACCAUUUCCCCAAGCAUCUCCGUGUAGUCAGAUCUUUGAUAAUUUUGUGCCACCAGGGCCACAAUAAUAUGCCCCCUCUAUGAUUGUCAGAGUGUGACCCCCUCCCAAUGAGCUACUGCAGCCAGUGUUGCCAGCACUGCCACUACCUGGGUGGGGGUACCCCACCAGAAUCCCCACCGGCUAGGUACAAGGUCGUCAAGGUUCUCAUUAGCAGCUUUGAGAAUUUCCUUGAAUAUUAUGCUCUCCCAUCAGGGGGCUCUGGCUUUGUAGGACCAACCCUGCCAGGCAGGCUCAGAAUCUUGAGGGGAUGGUGCUGCUUUAUUAGGUCUCUGACGGCAUUUAUCUUUCUGUUUUGGCUACAUAUAGGCAACUUACCGCAGGGCCAUAAAACAGAUGGGGACUUCUCUUUGGUGUAUGGGUCGCUCAGGUGGGUGUCUAGGAUAUAGGGUUGGGGAUCGUUCCACCAUGAUAGGACAAUAAAAAAUAAAUUAGAUACUUUAUUUUAAAAUGUAUAUCCCUCAUCUGCACAACAUUGAAAGCCCUCUCUCACAACCCCUGCUCACAGACACACAUUGGUUCUGGGAUAUGCAACCAUUUCCAUUCUCACUAAUUUAACAUCGCACUUUUCUAAACACAAAAACGCACACCACACCUUCCAUCACAAUACAUCCACACAUACCCACAUACUGUGCCUUCUAUGUCUUCUGUUUGCUAUGUUUUUAUCUCCACUAUGUUGAUUGAAUACUUGUGUUCUAAUUAGUUAUAUUUGAAGAUGUAUUAUUUAGCUUGUUAUCCUUUCUUGUAAUGCCGUCUUAUCCCUUCAUAAAAUACUAUAAAUACUAUAAAUGUGUUUUAUUAUUACAAUCCCUACCAUGGCUUGUAUUGGGUGUUCCAUUAUUCGACUCUUCUAGUAGAACUUUCAGAAUAGCCAUGGGAGUAGUCUUUGUGUCGUGGAAAACAUUUGGUUGUCAAUAUACAGUUUAUCGACUACGAGAGCAACACGCUUCCCUUUUAAUCUAUUUUCCUUGAAGAUUGGGUACAGAACUUUGCGCCGUUCUGCAAUCUUCCUCGGGAACUGAUCAUUCAUGCCUAUUUUCGUACCAGCAAGUAUUUUACCUAGGCUUUUAACCAUUACUUUAUCCUCAAAGAAAGCAAAUUAGGCAACGAUUGGACGCUCAUAUCUCUGUCCUCUUUGUCCGAAACGGUGUACACGUUCAAGUUGGAUUUUAUCGACAGCAUCGAGUGGGAUUUGAAACGCUGUAAGAAAGAAGUCCUUCACAAUGUUUUCGGUAACCUUUCCUUCUUUUUCUUGGAUACCCGUAAGUACUAUAUUUUCUCUCAUCGAUCCAGUCUGUCUGUCUAGUAAGGCUUCUCUCAGAAUGUUGUUCUCCUUUUUAAGUUAAUUAACGUCCGUUUCUAUCUUAGUGACUGUCCCUUUUAGUUUUUUUGUAUCUUUCUCCUUUAUCGCAGCUUUUUCGUCACUCAUUUCAAGACUCGCCUUCAACUCCUUUACAUCCUUACUGACCAACUCUAGUAUGCCCAGUUUGUCAUUUAAUGACUUCAACAGAUCGCUUUCCACACUUACCAGUCCCAGUGGUGAAAAGCAUAAAUCAUCUGUAUCCGUUGAGGAGUCGCGUUUUCUCUUGGAGAUUGACUCUCCUCAUUUAUCCUCAGUCAUGUUUGAGUGUUGCUUGUUGUUGUAAUAUUUGUCGAUACGUUUCUCUAGCCUUAUGAUUUGUUUUGUGUUAUUAUCCAGAUUGAAUGUUUUUACCCACGAGUAUAUGAAGUGCUAAUAUUUAGUCUAAUAUUACGUUUUUAUCUUGAGGUGAUUCGCACCACAAUACUCAAUUUGUUAUUGUUACCCAUCUACCAAUCACUCCCCUUCUUUAUGAGCUCCCUGGUGUUUGUAGUUGAAUCUGUGCUUGAAAUUCAAUACUUGACUGAGGAACCUUACAGAUAUUGUAUGUAUGGGGGACAGAAGAAGGGUUAGUCAUUUAAAAAUCAUGUCAACUCCUAUAUUUUUACACAGAGUGAGUCCAUGUAACUUAUUAUGUGAUUUAGGUUUGCCUAAAUAAAGGGGCUGAGUACUUAUGCAACGACUAUGUUUUAGUUGUCAAAUUUGUAAUAAUCUUAAAAAAAUAUAAAAUUUUUCUUCCACUUUUACAUUACAGAGUAUUUUCAGUAGAUUGUUGACAAAAAGUGACAAUUAAAUAAAUGUUAAUCCCACUUUGUAACAAAAUAAAAUAUUAAGAAAUCCAAGGGGUCUGAAUACUUUUACAAGGCACUGUAUGUUUGUCCUGUACAACUGCCGUCCUUCCGCGCGCGGUGUGCAGAAAUUCAUACUUUUAAUAAAAACUUUGAUCGAAUGAACCACCAACUUAUUUGUGUUACUCAACUUGAGACGUAGCAGCCUUGACGACUAAGCUGAGAUUCAACUGGCACAAGCGCAUUCGUGCGGAGUUGAGCAACACAGAGAGAUCUGUCAAAAAUAAGCUCAAUGCUUUUCUAUGGGCUUAUUUUGGACCUUACCUUGUCGCCUGCCUUCCUGACUUUGGGACAACAACUCCCAUUGUUAGGGCAGAGACAUGAGCAUCUCGUCCUUAUAUACAGAUUUCUGACACAAGGAAAAAGUCAGUGGUUGUAUUAGAUAAAAGUAUUUAUUAAAAAUAUGAAUUAUAGCACACCGCAAAAGGGCCACAGUUGUACAGGACAAACAUAGGUACAGGUAAGCGUUUUCAGAAUUUAAAUUUUUACAAAUAUCGACUGAUGGUGACUCACUGUUGUUGCUAGAAAAUCGCGCGACCAGAUAUCAAUACUCACCACCACCUCGAUAUAAGUGAAUGGAGUUGAGCGUUCCUCAGCUACAUUAAUACCAGCAAUGUCUGAGACACUGUUGGGUUACGCUGUGAGGAGAUUUUUUUGUGUGUGGACAGAGUCCUCAUUUCUUUAUGUGAGGAACAGCAGAGGAUGCUGCCACCCUGAGAUGAGAGUAGGGCUGAUUACUGUAGCCUCCGCAUGCUAUAUGGUGAAAAAACACAAACACACACUCACUUCACCUGUGACCCACACAGAAGUGCUUUGGGCCUGUGCACUUACACAUAGUGGUCAAGAGGAAGGGGAAGAGGCAAAGAAAGAAAAACUAUUCUGACUUUGACGAAUCACUGUCCAAUGACGGAGCAUUUUCAACUGUGUUUUAGGGAGGGAGGGAGGAAGGGAGAGGUGGAUGGACGGAGAUCAGGGGCGACAUGGGAGGCCAAUGUUUUGGCGACAUUGCCGUUGAGCUCUCCUGAUCCCUGCUCUCUAAUUCUGGAUUCCCAUGGUGGGCGGCGGUCCUGGGAUCCCAUCUAUUAUGCAUGGCUGAGCUUUAUUGCAUUAUGUUUUUUGGCUAACACACUUAGCAGGCUUGUAGCAUGCAGUACACACAUCCCCAGCCCACUCCACAAAGCCAGUGAAUAAUUCAGGGGAAGGCAGGCAGGGCAUUAGGCUGGGGAUGGAGGGCUUUAAUCAAAGGCUCCAGCACCCGGCCCAGCCAGCCCCAACCAACCCAGCACACCCCCAUUGGCAGUGUCACACUUCUGCCUGCCUGCUUUAAAUAGGAAGUUGAGUUAUGGGCCAGAGGCGGGCCUUCUAGAGCUGAGCCGUAAGCGACAGCCAUAUUUGACUGUAAUUUAGGAAUGCGAUGCAUACCGUAAAUAGAGUCAUCAAUUAUCACACUUUCUAGUUCUCUAUGUAGAAAAACUCCACUGCAAUCACAUACUGUAGGCAACACUACCCAUAUUCAUAUCUGUAAUCCAGAUAUACAGAAUGAUUCAUGUGUGAAUCAGAGCAUGAGCAUCAGAGCGUUUGUGUAUCCUCAGAGCAUGUGCAGACCAGCUGGCUUGAGUGUUUACGGACAUAUUCAAUCUCUCCCUAUCCCAGUCUGUUGUCCCGACUUGCUUCAAGGUGUCCACCAUUGUUCCUGUACCCAAGAAAGUGAAGGUAACUGAAGUAAAUGACUCACACCCCGUAGCACUCACUUCUGUCAUCAUGAAGUGCUUUGAGAAGCUAGUUAAGGAUCAUCACCUCCAGCUUAUCUGACACCCUAGACCACAGGGGGUUGGUGGCAUCUUAAUUGGGGAGGACGGGCUUGUGGUAAUGGCUGGAGCGGAAUUAGUGAAAUGGUAUCAGAUACAUCAAACAAAUUGCUUCCAUGUGUUUGAUGCCAUUCCAUUCACUCUGUUCCAGACAUUAUUAUGAGCCAUCCUCCCCCCAGCAGCCUCCACUGCCCUAGACCCACUCAAUUUGCAUACCGCCCCAACAGAUCCACAGAUGACGCAAUCGCCAAAACACUGCACACUGCCCUAUCCCAUCUGGACAAGAGGAAUACCUAUGUAAGAAUGCUGUUCAUCAACUACAACUCAGCCUUCAACACCAUAGUGCCCUCCAAGCUCAUCACUAAGACUCGGGGUCCCGGGUCUGAACCCCGCCCCUGUGCAACUGGGUCUGGUACUUCCUGACGGGCCGACCCACAGGUUGCAUCACCAACCACCUCUGCUACGUUGAUCCUCAAUACGGGGGAUAGUGGUGACUAUUUACAGUCUGUGGCCUGGAGAUAGAAGCAUUUUUAGUCUCUCCGGUCCCCCCAGCUUUGAUGUACCGUGUACUGUCUCCGCCUUCUAGAUGGUAGCUGGGUCGGUGAACAGGUCAUGGAUCGGGUUGAGGCCUUGAUGAUCUUCUUGAACUUCCUGUGGACACCAGGUGCUGUAGAUAUCCUGGAGGGAGGCAUGUGGUGCCCCCGUUGAGCGUUAGGGUGAUGCACACCCAACAUCGGAGAGCACUGCUGUUGCAGAUGUGGAUUGCCGUACCAGGCGGUGAUAUAGCCCACAGAUGCUUCAAUGGUCAUCUAGAAGUUGGAGUAGGUCUUAGGGGCCAAGUCAAAUACUUUUUUCCACCAUAACUUUGCAAAUAUAACAUAAACAAUCCUACAAUGUGAUUCCUGAUUUUUGUUCCCUGAUUUCUGUCAUAGUUGAGUGUGACCUAUGAUGAAAUUACACGGCCUUUUUAAAUCUUUUUAGUGGGAGAAACUUGCACAACUUGGUGGUACUAAAUUAUUGUUUCCCCCACUUAUAUAUAUAUAUAUAUUUGUGUAUUGUGUGUGUGUGUGUGUGUGUGUGUGUGUGUGUGUGUGUGUGUGUGUUGUGUAAAGUACCAGUCAAAAGUUUGGACACACCUACUCAUUCAAGAGUGAGGAAAAGCAGCCAACAAGUGUGAAGGAAAAGCAGCCAACAAGUGCUCAGCAUAUGUGGGAACUCCUUCAAGACUGUUGGAAAAGCAUUUCAGGUGAAUCUGGUUGAGAGAAUGCCAAGAGUGUGCAAAGCUGUCAUCAAGGCAAAGGGUGGCUACUUUGAAGAAUCUCAAAUAUAACAUAUAUUUUGAUUUGUUUAACACUUUGUGGGUUAUUACAUGAUGUGUUAUUUCAUAGUUUUGAUGUCUUCACUAUUAUUCUACAAUGUAGAAAAUAGUAAAAAUAAAGAAAAACCCUUGUAUGAGUAGGUGUGUCCAAACUUUUGACUGGUACUGUGUAUAUAUAUAUAUAUAUAUAUAUAUAUUUACAUUCCCUCUAACUCCCUUUCUCUGCAUCCAUCCCUGUUGUCUCUUCACAGCCAGGCUCCCUCUGGUGCUAAUCCUGUGUGUAAUGUUGUGGAGCUGCAAGGAUUAUGUUGUGCAGCUGCAUGGUCUUGUUGAAAGUUCACUCAUGCUUGAUUCAGAUAAAUAACUGUUCCUAGCAGGCUAAUAACAGGUCGUGAAGAGGGCACGACAAUGCCUAUUCCCCCUCAGGAGACUGAAAAGAUUUGGCAUGGGUCCUCAUAUCCUCAAAAAGUUCUAGAGCUGCACCAUCGAGAGCAGCCUGACUGGUUGCAUCACCGCCUGCUAUGGCAACUGCUCUGCCUCCGACUGCAAGGCACUACAGAGGGUAGUGCGUACGGCCCAGUACAUCACUGGGGCCAAGCUUCCUGCCAUCCAGGACCUCUAUACCAGGCGCGGUGUCAGAGGAAGGCCCUAAACAUUGCCAAAGACUCCAGCCACCCUAGUCAUAGACUGUUCUCUCUGCUACCCCCCCUCCCCCACUGACUGACUGCUAUGUUCGAUACUCAUUAGUAUUGAUCAAUGGAUAUGAUAGACUGUCCUGUUACAGGCUGCUUAGCACUGUGAGGUGUCAGGUAGGGGAGGAGGAGGGGGUACUGUAGUGGAGGCCUGCUGUGGGGGGGUUUAUCGGUGUUAUGGCCCGUGAAGAGAGGACAUGCCCAAUGAAGCUUUACAGAUAGGAUACUGAACUUAACCUUGAGAUGAUCAAGAUAAACAUUGUCCCUCCUCCUCAUCAUCCCCCUGCUCUUUCCCUCUCUCUCUCUCUCUCUCUCUCUCUCUCUCUCUCUCUCUCUCUCUCUCUCUCUCUCUCUCUCUCUCUCUCUCUCAUACUCGCUUGCCUCCUUCUCUCUCCUCUCUCUCUCUCUCUCUCUCUCUCUCUCUCUCUCUCUCUCUGAGCUGACUCCAGCUCCUCUGUGCCAUGGCGGCGCAUACGGCUGCAGAGACUGUAUUAAAUAAUAAAAUCCUCUCAUUAUGUUAGUGAAAACCUAAAGUUACAGUCUCGCUAAGUAGUUUCAUAGAAGGAAAUCAAAACUUCCCUUUCAAAGGAAAUCAUUACAGCUGGUGGUUCUUCUGGGGGCCAAGCAGCCAGCAGUGUUUACGCCUGAUCAUUACUAUGGUGGAGCAAUUACUCCUCAGCAACACUCCUAGUGUCAUCCCCCCUCAUGAGUAUUAGGAUAAUGGCUGCCAACACUCCUAGUGUCAUCCCCCUGUCUGUGUAUGGUAGUAGAAGGUUGGAGGCCCUUGCAGUGAGGGGAGUGAAGAGAGAGAGGCAUGUCCUCUGCAUCAGCGCAUGCAGAAGGCAGAAGAGCCUGAGAGAGACGUGUGCAUUUUCAUAAAUGUCCGACUUUCCAUCUCAUCCCUCAUGCCUCCAGGGAUUCAUCACGUUACAUCAUGCGCUUCUUGCUCAGCAGACAUUCUGACUGAAACACCUUUCAAGUCAGACUGCUCUAAGAAUACCAGAGGAGAGGUCUGUUGCGUAAUGUGUCUGCAGAAAGAGCUUGUUCCAUCUCCCCUCAAUGGCCCGCACCUGAUUAUGUCUCCAUCGACUAUGCAUCCAUCAUCGAUUUCCCCUCUGAAUAGAAACUGCAUUGGGGCCUCAGAGAAUUAGCAGGCCCUAUGAAUUUGGCCAUGUGAAAAUGGGAGACAGAAAUAUAAUUUUUCUUAAUGUUUACAGCAGAUCAGGUUUUCAUAUGUUUUCAAAACAUAUUAUUUCUACCUGGCAGGUCACAGCUGCAGACUGUGUGUAUGUAAUAAUUUGGUGGGUACUUAUAUUUGUCCUAUUUCACACAUGUACAAGUGUGUACUAAAACACGUGUGAAUUGGAAAUGUGCUUUUUGUAUAUCCAAACUCUCCCUGAGAGAGUGGGGUCACGGCCAGCCAUUAUCAACGGCGACCCUGGAGCAAUUAGUGUUAGGUGCCUUGCUCAAGGGCACAUUGGCAGACUUUUCACCUUGUCAGCUGUGGGAUUCAAACUAGCAACCUUUCAGUUACUGGCCCAACGCUCUAAUCGCAAGGCUACCUGCGGCCAUGCAAGCUGUGGGCAUCCUUCUUGUGGUCAAAGUCGAGCUUGCGGUGGAACCAACCCCGAAACCUCAUUUACCAACACCUGGUGUGUGUGUGUGAGAGUGUAUGCAUGCAUGUGUGUGUGUGUGUGUGGGUGGGUGUGUACACAGGCAUGUUUGUGCAUGUGUGCAUGCGUAUCUGUGUGUGCCGUGGCCCAUGUGGAAACAUUUUUAGGCCUCGGGAGGGGUGUCUCUGGUGUCCCUGGUUACUUCUCUCUUCCUCUCUUCCUUCCCAUUUAUAAUACAACACAUCCACUCUUUACUCACCACCUUUACAGAGAUCAUGGCAAAAACCUGGCCUUCCAUUUGAACCUUUGAGCCAGGUUGUCAUACGAGUCAUACAGAGAUGACCCCAGGAGACCGUCAACACCUUUUCUCUCUCUGGGUUUUUUCAAUUACAAUUGACAGUGUCCAGUAGGGCCAAGAGCUCUACUAAGAAACAGACAUGUACUGUAGAGACAAGCCCUCAGUGCUUUCCCAUCCACUUCCAGGCUUGUCAGUGUCAGCACACUUGGCAGAGCUCCCUCAGCAGUGGGCUGGGUGGCAGGCAGGCCCUCGUCCCCGGCCCUCGGCGCACAUGAUUGAUUUUCCUCAGCUCCUCAUUGGAAACAUGAAAUCCCUCUUCUGUCACGUGUUAAGUAUCAGUUGAGUGCCUCUGAGUGCGGUCACGAUAACCGCCUUACGCUUUACAUCGGCGCAGGAUUAAGGGUCUGCCUAGGGACUCUCUCUGCAGGUCUAUGGUACAUCUCUGAGCUAGGCGGUGUUGGAGAGAAGUGGCUUAGUCGAGCAUUUCUCUCUUAAAGGGCUAUCCCCAGCUGUGUACCACGGCCUUCCUCUGCCUGUCUGCCAAGCAACACAACCAGCAGGGCAACCAUGUUGCACUCAUAUCUCUGCCACCACCACAUCCCUCUGCACUCAUUUGCUGUGCUGUGGUUAGUGAAUCAAGUACAGCUACUAUACAGUUCUAUUUUGACUCUGUUUACAUCUGCUGUCUUAUUAACCUGGCACACAACACCAUCCUUUCUCCUUACCUUUCCUACAGUAACAGCAGGGGAGGCCAGGUUUAACACCUAAUGAAUGUGAAUGGAUACAUUCAAGUCUUGUAAAGUCCUAAACCAUUUACUUGUUUCACCUAGAGUAUCGUUUUAAAACUGCGGCGUACGAUUGGCCCAGCGUCGUCUAGGGUAUGGGAGGGAAUGGCCGGCAGGGUUGUAGCUCAGUUGGUAGAGCACGGCGCUUGUAACGCCAAGGUAGUGGGUUCGAUCCCCGGGACCACCCAUACACAAAAAACAAUGUAUGCACGCAUGACUGUAAGUCGCUUUGGAUAAAAGCGUCUGCUAAAUGGCAUAUUAUUAUUAUUAUUAUUUAAAAAAAUGUAUGCACUCACUAACUGUAAGUCGCUCUGGAUAAGAGCGUCUGCUAAAUGACUAAAAUGUAAAUGUAAAUGAUUAAUCUUGGGUAAUAGGAUUUGGAAAGGGAUUAAGAUGAGAUGAACAUUAGGAAUGUCCACAGCCAGGGAGGACACAUUUUAGGAAUGGUCUCAUCUGAUGCUUCAUGGCCUCAGUCAGUCAGCGCUACAUCCAAACAAAGGAGCUCUGCACCAAGCAACACAACAUUAUGUUGUGAGGAGACAGGGUGAGGAGUGGGCAGUGAGGUCGAGCUCUCAAAACAAUCCCUCACUCUCCUGAAGACGUCCACUGUACACUAGCCCUCGGGACACUUUUUGCUCACUCAACAAUUAAAUGCACAGCAUUGGGGGACAGUAACCUACCAUUUCAAGAGGCUCACAAACGAUUGCCUUCUCCUGCAACAAGACGCUGACAAAAGAGAGAGGAGCAGUGGCCUGUGGUCAAACAGAGAGAGGAGCAGUGGCCUGUGGUCAAACAGAGAGAGGAGCAGUGGCCUGUGGUCAAACAGAGAGAGGAGCAGUGGCCUGUGGUCAAACAGAGAGAGGAGCAGUGGCCUGUGGUCAAACAGAGAGAGGAGCAGUGGCCUGUGGUCAAACAGAGAGAGGAGCAGUGGCCUGUGGUUAAACAGAGAGAGGAGCAGUGGCCUGUGGUCAAACACAGAGAGGAGCAGCAGACACUUAUUUUGCUGCACAGAUCCUUUUCUCUUGUUUCAGUCUCAUCUAAAUGUUGAGAAGCACGUACCCAAAUUCAUUUAGAAAUGAGCUCCUUCAGUCGAAACCUUGAGAUAGAUCAGUAGCCUUGAAAGGGACGCGUUUAUGAAUGAUAAACACACUCACGCUCACAAUGGAAGCGAGUGAGUGAGUGAGUGAGUGAGUGAGUGAGUGAGUGAGUGAGUGAGUGAUGCACAGGCUCCCUCUCCUCUGUGAAAUCUCCAAAGGCUGCUUGUCACAAAACAGUGACUGGAGCAGAUAUGAUCAUAACAGCAACGGCUGGCUCUAUUUCAGACGUAUCUGGCUGCAUGGGUGUGCUGCGGCUACAAUGAUAAUUGGAUUUUCUUCAGUCAGUCAGUCAGUCAAUCAUGCCUCAGAUCAGGAUCCAUCUCCUCUGAUUGCUGUCUUUAGUUCCCCCUUCACAAUGGCACGUGGUUAACAAGCACGAUGUAGUCAGGCUCAUAUCUGAGGCCAUUGAGGAUGUUGACUGUGAUAUAAUUCCACAUUUCCCUCAUCAUUCACUAGCGGAUGACAGCACUAAUGCUAUAGCUGCAGAAUGAAUCCAGCCAGCCAGCAGGAGAUGGUACUGAUUGAUUGACUCAACCACAUUAUUAUCAUUAUUAUCCUGUACUGUUUUAGUCAAUCUGUGCCAAAGCUAAUGAGAUAAGAGAUGCAGUUGAAAUGAUUGCAAAUGAAGGCCUUAUAGUGUUUUGAUUAAGUCAUUCAGUAUAAAGCAACAAAUAAACAGCACUGUAAAUGCUUUCUAAUUCAAUCAUAUUCGCUUCCUGCGGCUGCCUGCUAGGUUGAUAACAUCCUGAUGUGAGUGUUAGGUUAUGUUCUCUCUGUUGUGGUAUGUGUUGCGGUUGGAAAGGGGCAUGCUUGGAGGGGGAGCGACUCUGCACUCAGUCUGUAGACAUGUCCCCUGAAGUCAGGGAAAGUGGCGGGGUUUGUGUAUCACUGUGCUUCUCUCUCCCGAUGUUCCUCCCUGUGUACGCUAUGCCGGUUUUCUUUCCCUCAUUUAUUUUCUAUUUUUUUCCUUUUCAAUUAUUGAGUACAUCUGGCCGUGUUCUUGCUUCACAGAAACAUGACUUCACUUUUACGGAGACAUGAGUUGACAACAGGCCUGGGAUUAGGACGGAGGACCUUUCUGAACCAUACUGAACCAUACUGAACAACACAUUCUACUUGAAUCACACUUGUUUUUGGAUAGCACUAUGAAAUUCAGAUCUGUCUCUCUCCAGCAGAGUACUGCGGUUAUAUGAGUAUGUGCGUACAUACAUGUAUGUUUGUCUGGGUGUGUGAGAGAGAGAUGGGCCAGUAUGUUACACUGUAGUGGAUUGGGUGGAUAAAUGUGCUCCAUUCACAUGUGAGUGUAAUCAUACUGAUUCCUCCGUUGAUCUUAGCCAGAUGUUAAAUGAGGCUCCUCACUGGGAUGGGGUAGGUGUGUGUUUUACUCUCCAGCUGUAUCACACUCCACGGACCCAUGUAUGACAUAACAAGGAUGGACCGCUGACAGCAGGGAGACAGAGAGAUGGACAAUGAAGAGAGGCAGAACGACUGAGAGGAAGAAGGAGAGCAAACUAGAACAGAAGUUGGAGGGGGAAAAAAUGUGAUAGUGAGAGAGAGCGACACCAUGAGUCAGUGUCCUGAGGGUAACCCUCUUCUCCCUCUCGCCCCCUCACUAAUGCUGGGAUCCUCUGUUCUUUUCUCUCCUCACAUUAUUACAGUCACUGUUCUGCUGACUGCUGCUAAUCAUGAACCUGAGAGGAGGAAGGUCAUCUCUCCUCCCCUCCUCUCCUCCUCCCCUCCUCUCCUCCUCUCUUCCUCUCCUCCUCUCUUCCUCUCCUCCUCCCCUCCUCUCCUCCUCUCCUCCUCUCCUGUGCUCUUUGGCUCAGCAGGGGGGAGGGAUGGAGGUAGCUUAUGGUUGGUUAACUUUAAUAUGGAUGCAGCUGUGACCCAUGCUCUGCAAAUACUGCAAUAGGUUGAGGCUCUAGCCUAUCCUAGGGCUUUGUACUCUAUUAGAUAGUUGCAGCUGCUGUAGCCUACACCCAGUGCUGGUUAUAUAAGUGUAGAGAAUUCAUUUACAGGGCUGGGGAUGUGUGACGUGAGACGAUAGCCUUUCCUACUCCUACACAUGCUCAAUCCAGACACCGUUUACUCUCUGAGUUGCAGCUUGACCCGCAUCACACCUACAGCAAGAGAGAGAGAAAGAGAGAGGGAAGAAAAUAAAGACAGAGCGAGCAAGAGAGAGAGAGGGCUCACGUUCCAGAGCUGCAAGGUUAGAAAGCAGUGGAUGGAUUGUGCCGUGGGGGCAGCGUGACAACUCAGUGGUGUGAUGGUGGGUGCAGCGGUCAUGCAGGUGUGUGACUGAGCACAGGGGAUAUGAACCACUGAUGAACAGGACACCAACAGCCCGCCAUUAAUCACAUGAUGUAGUGUUGUGAUUGGGCCUCACCGUGUUGUGGCAUAGAGCUAGUUUAUGUCUCACAGGGAGGAGCACCACAGUGUUACAGCCCGUUUCACAACACCCACCGUUAUGCUAGUAAACGCCUUGAGGCCAGCAAAGAACUCAGCCAUAUGGAGGAAAGGAAUGGAUGUGUAUGUUCUCUGUAUUACACAAAUUUGGGACUUAUCUAGGAAAAGGCUUUUGGCCAAAUGGAGAAGAUGCCUGACGUGACGUGUAAUGGUUUGUGGCGGUCAGGUACUAAACCUGUUGACACCCUGCCUUGUUAGGUGAAUCUUCAUUAUGUGGCAUUCAGAUAACAGAAUAAAUGACCUCCCUGGAGAAUUCCACAUGCAUGUGAGAGAUGUGGAACAGAACGACAAGUCACCAUAAGCUUCAUAGCUGUCUCGUUUGGAAACAGACCAAUUAGGUGACUGUGAUAUCUGUCUCUCUUUUACCCAGUGCCAGCUCUAAAUUCCUGAGCCAUGCUCUUCUCUGCAUGAUGCCAGUCAGAUGCUGCCGUGUUUGAUUUGUGUGGGUGUCUGUGUGUGUGCUUGCGAGCAUCUUCUUGCCUCGGUAGCGAGGUGUUAGUGUAAGUGUGGAGGCUCUGAGUCAAGCCCCUCACCAGGGGAACCUGACUCGGCUCCGUCUGCUCCUCCUCUCUGCUGGUAUCUGCCCUGAGAUGCUACAGGCUCUACAGAGGAUUACUGGAUUGCUGAUUCUAAAGAAAACCAAAUAGAUAUUGAAGAAUUCCUGGGGGUGACCUUCCACUUCAAAUCAAAUCAAAUCUAAUUGUAUUUGUCACAUGCGCUGAAUACAACAGGUGUAGGUAGACCUUACAGUGAAAUGCUUAUUUACAAGCCAUUCACCAACAAUUCAGUUUUAAGAAAAAUAAGUCUUAAGUAAAAAAAGGUAAGUAGAAAAUAAAAAUAAACAAUAAUUAAAGAGCAGCAGUAAAAUAACAGUAGGGAGGCUAUAUACAGGGGGUACCGGUACAGAGUCAAUGUGCGGGGGCACAGGUUGGUCGAUGUAAUUGAGGUAAUAUGUACAUGUAGGUAGAGUUAAAGUGACUAUGCAUAGAUAAUAAACAGAGAGUAGCAGCAGUGUAAAAUACGGGGUGGGGGGGACAAUGCAAAUAGUCCGGGUAGCCAUUUGAUUAACUGUUCAGGAGUCUUAUGGCUUUGGGGUAGAAGCUGUUAAGAAGCCUUUUGGACCUAGACUUGGCGCUCCGGUACCGCUUGCCGUGCGGUAGCAGAGACAACAGUCUAUGACUAGGGUGGCUGGAGUCUUUGACAAUUCUUAGAGCCUUCCUCUGACACUGCCUGGUAUAGAGGUCCUGGAUGGCAGGAAGCUUGGCCCCAGUGAUGUUCUGGGCCGUACGCACUACCCUCUGUAGUGCCUUGCAGUCGGAGGCCGAGCAGUUGCCAUACCAGACGGGGAUGCAACCAGUCAGGAUGCUCUCUAUGGUGCAGCUGUAUAACUUUUUGAGGAUUUUUGAGGAUCAUGCCAAGUAUUUUCAGUCUCCUAAGGGGGAAUAGGCUUUGUCGUGCCCUCUUCACGACUGUCUUGGUGUGUUUGGACCAUGAUAGUUUGUUGGUGAUGUGGACACCAAGGAACUUGAAGCUCUCAACCUGCUCCACUACAGCCCUGUUGAUGAGAAUGGGGGCGUGCUCGGUCCUCUUCUUUUUCCUGUAGUCCACAAUCAUCUCCUUUGUCUUGAUCACGUUGAGGGAGAGGUUGUUAUCUUGGCACCACAUGGCCAGGUCUCUGACCAUCGUUGUCGGUGAUCAGGCCUAUCACUGUUGUGUCAUUGGCAAACUUAAUGAUGGUGUUGGAGUCGUGCCUGGCCAUGCAGUCAUGGGUGAACAAGGAGUACAGGAGGGGACUGAGCAUGCACCCCUGAAGGGCCCCCGUGUUUAGGAUCAGCGUGGCAGAUGUGUUGUUACCUACCCUUACCACCUAGGGGCGGCCCGUCAGGAAGUCCAGGAUCCAGUUGCAGAGGGAGGUGUUUAGUCCCAGGGUCCUUAGCUUAGUGAUAAGCUUUGAGGGCACUAUGGUGUUGAACGCUGAGCUGUAGUCAAUGAAUAGCAUUCUCACGUAGGUGUUCCUUUUGUCCAGGUGGGAAAGGGCAGUGUGGAGUGCAAUAGAGAUUGCAUCAUCUGUGGACCUGUUGGGGCGGGAUGCAAAUUGGAGUGGGACUAGGGUUUUGGGGAUAAUGGUGUUGAUGUGAGCCAUGACCAGCCUUUCAAACCACUUCAUGGCUACAGACGUGAGUGCUACGGGUCGGUAGUCAUUUAGGCAGGUUACCUUAGUGUUCUUGGGCACAUGGACUAUGGUGAUCUGCUUGAAACAUUGGUUGGUAUUACAGACUCAGUCAGGGACAGGUUGAAAAUGUCAGUGAAGACACUUGCCAGUUGGCAGCGCAUGCCCGGAGUACACAUCCUGGUAAUCCAUCUGGCCCUGCAGCCUUGUGAACGUUGACCUGUUUAAAGGUCUUACUCACAUCAGCUACGGAGAGCGUGAUCACACAGCCGUCCGGAACAGCUGAUGCUCUCAUGCAUGCUUCAGUGUUGCUUGCCUCGAAGCGCGCAUAGAAGUCAUUUAGCUCGUCUGGUAGGCUCGUGUCACUGGGCAGCUUGCGGCUGUGCUUCCCUUUGUAGUCUGUAAUAGUUUGCAAGCCCUGCCACAUCCGACGAGCAUCGCAGCCGGUGUAGUACGAUUCAAUCUUAGUCCUGUAUUGACGCUUUGCCUGUUUGAUGGUUCAUCGGAGGGCAUAGCGGGAUUUCUUAUAAGCAUCCGGGUUAGAGUCCCGCUCCUUGGCAGCUCUACCCUUUAGCUCAGUGUGGAUAUUGCCUGUAUUCCAUGGCUUCUGGUUGGGGUAUGUACAUAUGGUCACUGUGGGGAUGACGUCAUCGAUGCACUUAUUGAUGAAGCCAGUGACUGAUGUGGUGUACUCCUCAAUGCCAUUGGAAGAAUCCCGGAACAUAUUCCAGUCUGUGCUAGCAAAACAGUGCUGUAGCUUAGCAUCUGCGUCAUCUGACCACUUCUUUAUUGACCGAGUCACAGGUGCUUCCUGCUUCAGUUUUUGUUUGUAAGCAGGAAUCAGGAGGAUAGAGUUAUGGUCAGAUUUGCCAAAUGGAGGAUGAGGGAGAGCUUUGUACGCAUCUCUGUGUGUAGCGUAAAUGUGGUCUAGAGUUUUUUUCCUCUGGUUGCACAUUUAACAUGCUGUUAGAAAUUAGGUAAAACGGAUUUAAGUUUCCCUGCUUUAAAGUCCCCAGCCACUAGGAGCGCCGCCACUGGAUGAGCGUUUUCCUGUUUGCUUGUUGCCUUAUACAGCUCAUUGAGUGCAGUCUUAGUGCCAGCAUCGGUUUGUGGUGGUAAAUAGACAGCUACGAAAAAUAUAGAUGAAAACUCUCUUGGUAAAUAGUGUGGUCUACAGCUUAUCAUGAGAUACUCUACCUCAGCCGAGCAAAACCUUGAGACUUCCUUAAUAUUGGAUUUCGUCCAUCAGCUUUUGUUUACAAAUAUACAGACUGCCACCCCUUGUCUUGCCGGAAGCAGCUGUUCUAUCUUGCCGAUGCAGCGUAUAUCCCGCCAGCUUUAUGUUAUCCAUGUCGUCGUUCAGCCACUACACGGUGAAUCAUAAGAUAUUACCAUUUUUAAUGUCCUGUUGGUAGGAUAUCCGUGAUCUUAGUUUGUCUAUUUUGUUAUCCAAUGAUUGUACGUUGGCUAAUAGGACUGAUGGUAGAGGCAGAUUACGCACUCGCCGUUGGAUCCUUGCAAGGCACCCCGACCUACGUCCCCAAUAUCUCCAUCUCUUUCUCAUGCGAAUGACGGGGAUUUGGGCCUUGUCAGGUGUCUGAAGAAAAUCUUUGUCCAGUACGAGGUGAGUAAUCGCUGUCCAGAAGCUCUUUUCGGUCAUAAGAGACGGUGGCAGAAACAUUAUGUACAAAAGAGGUUACAAAUAACGCAAAGAAACACACACAAUAGCACAAUUGGUUAGGAGCCCAUAAAACGGCAGCCAAAAACGGCAGCCAUCUCCUUUGGCGCCAUUGUAAUAUCUAAUGCGGAAAGUGAAGCCUAUGCAGCCUGAAUGGAGAAUGUUUUCUGAGUGACUCAUUCAUCUUUGUCAAAAGGGUGAUGUGUACGCGGCAAGUGAAGUCAGACGCAGGACACAGAGAAUCAGGAUGACUACUUUACUGAAUGCAAACGCACAAACAAAAGUCUCCAAAACACUGGAGGGAAAAAACACCCUGUGCGUAAUGAGGCGAAAUAGCUAUGCCGAACAUCAACGAGACAAUACAUAAUAACACACAAAGGCCAAACGUAAAACAAGGGAACUUAUAUGCUACACAAUCAACACUAAUAAGCAACAGGUGUAUAAAGUAGACAACACAAGACAAACACCGAAAACAUCGAUCGGCAGUAGCUAGUACUCCGGGGACAACGAACGCCGAAGCCUGCCCGAGCAAGGAGGAGGAGCAGCCUCGGCAGAAUCCGUGACAAUCUUUAACGAAUUUGAGGAUGAGAACGUAGUGUAAUAAACAUGUACAAAAAUAGAGACUGACUGAAAAGCUGAUAAUCAAAGGAACCUAUAUUUUAUUAAUCAUGCCCUGAUUGAAAUACCUGGAAAUUAUUCUGGUUCCCCUUGUUACUUCCAAUAGCGUGUACGGGAAUGGAAAGAGUCACUGUAGAUAGAUGUUAAGUACAGAUACAGUUGACUGAGAAAGUGGUGGGAAGAUGGAACACUGUGGAGUGGAGGAAAUUGAUAGGUACUGUGGCAGUACAGAGAGAGACAGAAAGAGACGGGUACAGAGAGUGGUGCUGGCUGCACUCACUAGAAAUACCCCAGAAUACAGGGCUGACUGGGUACAAUGGAGGCCAUUGAGUCCCCACCUCUAGAAGGAAAGCUAAUACAAUGGCUCUGUUAUCUGUAAAGAGGAGGAAUGAGACUCAUCUCUGAUGUGACAACCUCACUAACACCGCCUGACAGGACCGAGCAGGCCACAAAGACACCACUGUACAGCCAUGGGGUUGGUGACAUGGUUUUGUGUGUGUUUGUGCGUGUAUGUGUGUAUGUGUGUGUGCAUGUGUGCUUGCGUGCAAUCAGCAGGAGCCUCUCAAUAAAAUAGCACAGUAACACAUUAAUGAUAUAAUAUGUUUAAUAAUUCUGAGUCAUAAUCUAAGUACCAUAAGUUAUUUCACAUUUUGCAGAAGGGAUAUACAGGUAACUGACAAAAGAAAGGAAACACUUGAGUAAAUGAGGGAUACAAAGUAUAUUGAAAGCAGGUGCUUCCACACAGGUGUGGUUCCUGAGUUAAUUAAGCAAUUAACAUCUACCAUGCUUAGGAUCAUGUAUAAGAAUGCACAGUUGCCCAUUAUUUUGGUUACCAUGGCUAGAAGAGAUCUUUGUGAAUUUGAAAGAGGGGUCUCAAAGGAGCAUGAGGGUUUAAAUGGUGUGUGUGUGUCUGUGUGUGUGUGCGUGUCUCAGUCACCAGAUCUCAACCCAAUUGAACACUUAUGGGAGAUUAUGGAGGGGUGUGUCAUGGAAAUUCUAGUCAAUAAUGAGGAGAGACAAGGUCAAUAACCAAUCAGGAUAUUACUUUAUUCAAAACGUAUUAAAAAGGGAGCAGGUCACAAAACACACACACAUGAAUAUAGUUGAGUGUUGGGCCGAGAGCACUGACAUACAAAGAAUAUAAAGAUAUUUUAUAGCACGAUACCCCCUCCUAUUCUAAAUAACAAACAGCAGAUGUGUGGAAUGGGUCAAAAGGUGAGACUUGAUAUAUGAGAAAGGAGUAUCCCCCAGCCAGAUAGCAUUUGCUGUGAAGACUGUUCUUAUUGUACAGAAACCAGAGUUUGGCCCCUAAGACAAGGUUCCUCUCAUCAUUAUCCAUACCCGAGCCAUCUCUCCUUGGUACCUUACAUUACACAAACACCAACUCAUUCUAUGAAAUGCAAGCUGUAGGUUUCAUCACCAAACCAUUCAUAAAUCAAUUGUCAGCUCCAGAUACUCCUAUCUAGAGUAAAACCCAUGUCCUUGACCACACACCUAGACUAGCUGCAGGAAGCUGGAGUAGAAACCAUCCCUUUACAAAAACACAGCAUUAGUAGAACAGAAAUGUCUUACUAUUUGUUAAGUAUAUAAUUGUUAACUAUUAAUAUUAAACAAAGCAGGUAAACAUGUUACAUGUACAUUUUUCUCUCACAGGUGCUUAAGACAUCAACAAAACACUAAAUGAUGGAAGAAUGGUGUCACAUCCCUCUAAUAGAGUUCCAGACACUUGUACAAUCUAAGCCAAGGCGCAUUGAAGCUGUUCUGGUGGCUCGUGGUGGCCCAAUGCCCUAUUAAGACACGUUGUUGGUGUUUCCUUUAUUUAGGCAGUUACCUCUAACUUAUUCAUUGCAAGCCAUGACACAACUGGUCUAGAUUGUGGCCUGGUAUCAACUUUACCCUUUGAAGGAUUUGAUGUUAUCAUAGCCUUCUCAGUCUUCAGAUAGAUGUCACAUAAAGCGUAUGGGAUGUAUUUUAGACUUUUAGACUGUUUAUAUGGCCUGUUUCUUUGGCAUUUCUCUGGGGGGAGGACUUGCAUGGACAACAAUCAAAUUCAGGGACAGUUUGAGCUGGGGCUGCCAGAUUGGGCCUCUAUUCCCCUGUGUAUUUCUGUCUGUGUGUCUUUGAGCCUGGACCAGCUGUGAUUUGGCCCUAUUUCAAAUCAAAAUCACAUUUUAUUUGUCACAUGCUUCGUAAAACAACAGGUGUUGACUAACAGUGAAAUGCGUACUUACACGUCCUUUUCCAACAAUGCAGAGUUAAAGAUAAGAUACAAAAUAUAAAAUAACAAGAUAAAUAGUGACACAAGGAAUAAAUACACAGUGAAUAGCGAAUAACAACAACAAGUAAAAAUAAUAUGGCUAUAUACAGGGAGUACCAGUACAGAGUCGAUGUGCUGGGGUACGAGGUAAUUGAGGUAGCUAUGUACAUAGACAGUGGGGAGAACAAGUAUUUGAUACACUGCCGAUUUUGCAGGUUUUCCUACUUACAAAGCAUGUAGAGGUCUGUAAUUUUUAUCAUAGGUACACUUCAACUGUGAGAGACGGAAUCUAAAAAAAAAAUCCAGAAAAUCACAUUGUAUGAUUUUUAAAUAAUUAAUUUGCAUUUUAUUGCAUGAAAUAAGUAUUUGAUCACCUACCAACCAGUAAGAAUUCCGGCUCUCACAGACCUGUUAGUUUUUCUUUAAGAAGCCCUCCUGUUCUCCACUCAUUACCUGUAUUAACUGCACCUGUUUGAACUCGUUACCUGUAUAAAAGACACCUGUCCACGCACUCAAUCAAACAGACUCCAACCUCUCCACAAUGGCCAAGACCAGAGAGCUGUGUAAGGACAUCAGGGAUAAAAUUGUAGACCUGCACAAGGCUGGGAUGGGCUACAGGACAAUAGGCAAGCAGCUUGGUGAGAAGGCAACAACUGUUGGCGCAAUUAUUAGAAAAGAAAAGUUCAAGAUGACGGUCAAUCACCCUCGGUCUGGGGCUCCAUGCAAGAUCUCACCUCGUGGGGCAUCAAUGAUCAUGAGGAAGGUGAGGGAUCAGCCCAGAACUACACGGCAGGACCUGGUCAAUGACCUGAAGAGAGCUGGGACCACAGUCUCAAAGAAAACCAUUAGUAACACACUACGCCGUCAUGGAUUAAAAUCCUGCAGCGCACGCAAGGUCCCCCUGCUCAAGCCAGCGCAUGUCCAGGCCUGUCUGAAGUUUGCCAAUGACCAUCUGGAUGAUCCAGAGGAGGAAUGGGAGAAGGUCAUGUGGUCUGAUGAGAAAAAAUUGAGCUUUUUGGUCUAAACUCCACUCGCCGUGUUUGGAAGAAGAAGGAUGAGUACAACCCGAAGAACACCAUCCCAACCGUGAAGCAUGGAGGUGGAAACAUCAUUCUUUGGGGAUGCUUUUCUGCAAAGGGGACAGGAUGACUGCACCGUAUUGAGGGGAGGAUGGAUGGGGCCAUGUAUUGCGAGAUCUUGGCCAACAACCUCCUUCCCUCAGUAAGAGCAUUGAAGAUGGGUCGUGGCUGGGUCUUCCAGCAUGACAACGACCCGAAACACACAGCCAGGGCAACUAAGGAGUGGCUCCGUAAGAAGCAUCUCAAGGUCCUGGAGUGGCCUAGCCAGUCUCCAGACCUGAACCCAAUAGAACAUCUUUGGAGGGAGCUGAAAGUCUGUAUUGCCCAGCGACAGCCCCAAAACCUGAAGGAUCUGGAGAAGGUCUGUAUGGAGGAGUGGGCCAAAAUCCCUGCUGCAGUGUGUGCAAACCUGGUCAAGACCUACAGGAAACGUAUGAUCUCUGUAAUUGCAAACAAAGGUUUCUGUACCAAAUAUUAAGUUCUGCUUUUCUGAUGUAUCAAAUACUUAUGUCAUGCAAUAAAAUGCAAAUUAAUUACUUUAAAAUCAUACAAUGUGAUUUUCUGGAUAUUUGUUUUAGAUUCCGUCUCUCACAGUUGAAGUGUACCGAUGAUAAAAAUGACAGACCUCUACAUGCUUUGUAAGUAGGAAAACCUGCAAAAUCGGCAGUGUAUCAAAUACUUGUUCUCCCCACUGUAGGUAGGGGUGACUAGGCAACAGGAUAGAUAAUAGACUGAGCUGUAGCAGCAGCGUAUGUGAAGCAGUAGCUGCAGCGUGUGUGUGUUUUUUGGCCUCAGUAUGCAUGUGUGUGCAUAUUCUGUGUGUGUGGGCGUAUGUAGUGUGUGUGUAUGUGUGUAUGUGUGUGUUGGGGUGUCAGUAUAAGUAUGUGUGAGUGGGUGGGUAGAGUCCAGUGUGUGUGUGCAUAGAGUCAGUGCAAGAGAGCUAGUUCAAAAAGGGGUCCGUGAGGUAGUCCGGGUAGCCAUUUGAUUAGCUAUUUAGCAGUCUUGUUUAGCAGUCGUAUGGCCUCUUUAGAGAGGAAGAGGGGACACACACAACUUUCAUCCUGAAAAGCUUCCCCCUCCCUAAAACAUGUAAAAUGGAAUGCAAAAUAGGGCUUGAUUUAAUUUAAGGGUAACAUCAAUCUUUAGGGACAAAAUAUUUAGGGGUCAAACGAGUAAUAGUUUUUGAAAAGUUUUAAUUUUAUGUUUUGUUACUGGAGUUAGAUGGUGUUCCAAUGACUUGCUCUGUCCUAACAGUUAGUUAAGUAGCCAAACAUUACAUUACCCAUUCCACUACAAACAGUUCACUGAACAGCAUCUUGCAACAAUUUGUCAUUUUGGUAUAUGUUGUAUUUGGCCAUUGUUUGAUGAACAAGGAGAUUAGAGACUUUAUUCUACACUGAACAAAAAUAUAAACACAAUAUAUAAAGUGUUGAUCCCAUGUUACAUGAUCUGAAAUAAAAGAUCGCUGACAUUUUUCAUACGCACAAAAGCUUAUUUCUCUCAAAUUUUGUGCACAAAUUUGUUUACAUCGCUGUUAGUGAGCAUUUCUUUUUUGCCAAGAUAAUCCAUCCACCUGACAGGUUUGGCAUAUCAAGAAGCUGGUUAAACAGCAUGAUCAUUACACAGGUGCACCUUGUGCUGGGGACAAUAUAAGGCCAGUCUAACAUGUGCAGUUUUGUCACACAACACAAUGCCAAGAUGUCUCAAGUUUUGAGGGAGUUUGCAAUUGGCAUGCUGACUUCAGGACUGUCCACCAGAGCUGUUGCCAGAUAAUGGAAUGUUCAUUUCUCUACCAUAAGCCGCCUCCAACAUCGUUUUAGAGAAUUUGGCAGUACUACUACUGCAGGACUGUCCACCAGAGCUGUUGCCAGAUAAUGGAAUGUUCAUUUCUCUACCAUAAGCCGCCUCCAACAUCGUUUUAGAGAAUUUGGCAGUACUUCCAAUCGGCCCCACAACUGCAGACCAUGUAUAUGGCGUUGUGUGGACAAGCGGUUUGCUGGUGUCAACGUUGUGAACAGAAUGCCCCAUGGCGGCGGUGGGGUUAUGGUAUGGGCAGGCAUAAGUUACGGACAACAAACACAAUUGCAUUUUAUCAAUGACAAUUUGAAUGCACAGAGAUACCAUGACGAGAUCCUGAGGCCCAUUGUUGUGCCAUUCAUCCGCCACUAUUACCUCAUGUUUCAGCAUGAUAAUGCACGGCCCCAUGGCGCAAGGAUCUGUACACAAUUUCUGUAAUCUGAAAAUGUCCCAGUUCUUCCAUGGCCUGCAUACUCAUCAGACAUGUCACCCAUUGAGCAUGUUUGGAAUGCUCUGGAUUGACGCGUACGACAGAGUGUUCCAGUUCCCGCCAAUAUCCAGCAACUUCGCACAGCCAUUGAAGAGGACUGGGACAACAUUCCUCAACAGCCUGGUCAACUAUGCAAAGGAGACUGACUGGUUUUCUGAUCCUUUUUUAAAAAAGUUCCUAGGUGUCCAUAUCACCAACGAGGUAUCAUGGUCCAAACACACCAAGACAGUCGUGAAGAGGGCACGACAAUGCCUAUUCCCCCUCAGGAGACUGAAAAGAUUUGACAUGGGUCCUCAGAUCCUCAAAAAGUUCUACAGCUGCACCAUCGAGAGCAUCCUGACUGGUUGCAUCCCCGCCUGGUAUGGUAACUGCUCGGCCUCCGACCGCAAGGCACUACAGAGGGUAGUGCGUACGGCCCAGUACAUCACUGGGGCCAAGCUUCCUGCCAUCCAGGACCUCUAUACCAGGUGGUGUCAGAGGAAGGCCCUACAAAUUGCCAAAGACUCCAGCCACCCUAGUCAUAGACUGUUCUCUCUGCUACCACACGACAAGCGGUACCGGAGUGCCAAGUCUAGGUCCAAAAGGCUUCUUAACAGCUUCUACCCCCAAGCCAUAAGAUUCCUGAACAGCUAAUGAAAUGGCUACCCGGGCUAUUUGCAUUGACCCCCCCACCAUUUUUACCCUGCUGCUACUCUCUGUUUAUUAUCUAUGCAUAGUCACUUUACCUCUACUACAUGUACAUAUUACCUCAAUUACCUCGAUUAACCUGUGCCCCCGCACAUUGACUCUGUACCGGUACCCCCUGUAUAUAGCCUUGUUUCUGUUAUUUUAUUGUUGCUCUUUAAUUAUUAGUUGUUUUUUUUCUUCAGUUUAUUUAGUAAAUACAUCCUUAACACUUAUUUUGUUUAAGGGCUUGUAAGUAAGCAUUUCACUGUAAGGUCUACACCUGUCGGCGCGUGUGACAAAUAACAUUUGAUUUGAUUUGAUGUUGCGUUUUUAUUUUGGUUCAGUAUAUUAAACCCUACACUGCCUCCCCAUUGUAUCACCAGCUAUAUCUACUGUAGGGGGCUGUUCCUUUCUGAAAGGAUGUAUUAGUAUUCAAAGCCAUGUAUACAGAGUUGUGUUAAGCAGAGUUUUGUCCGCCCGGCAGAGAGGAGAGAGGAGAGAGAGGGAACAUGAUGAUUACUGAAGCUCAGCGCCAGUCGAGCCAUUUCAAUGCUACUUUUCCCCCCACUGUCAGCCAGGGGACGAGGCUCACAUCCAAGACACUUAAAGAUCUUGUCUCUUCUCUUUCCUCUCUCUCUCCUCUUCAUCUUUUCCGACUCCCAGCAAACAUUCACCUGCUUUCACAGGAUGACUCUCAAGUUUCUGUCUCCUCUCAAACUUUGUGUGAACUUCCUCUGUUUUUACAAAGUCAUUGGGGGGUUGGUUAGGAGAAGAGCUAUCUCCUGAGAGUUUUCCGUUAAAACCUCUCACUCAUAUUUUUGCGUUGAGACUUCACAGUUCCUUUGAAAUAUAAGCUUUUGGCCUAUUCUUGGUUGUCAUUGUUGCAGUGAGUGUCUAUCAUUGUAUGCAUAUUAUAUAAAACCUUUUGUUGUCCGUUUUAUUGUGUAGAUUAGGUGCCUUCACAGGAGUGACUGAUGGAAAGGGAAGGCAUAUUUGUAAAUAGGCCGUCAUUGUAAAUAAGAAUUUGUUCUUAAGUGACUUGCCUAGUUUAAUAAAGGUUAAAUAAAAUAAAUAAAUAAAUUGUUUGACAUCUAACCUCUUGACACUACCUAGUACACUUGCCCUGUAAUAACACUGUGUGUUUCUGUCUGCUCAGGGAAGGUUUUGAACACAGACCUGCGCCACUACCUUAGCCUGCAGUUCCAGAAGGGCUCGUUGGACCACAAGCUGCAGCAGGUCAUCCGGGACAACCUCUACCUGCGCACCAUCCCCUGUAAGUCUCCUCAACCUCUGCUCCUAGGCUGUGUCUGAAAUGGCACCCUAUCUCCUAGUGCACUACUUUUAACCAGAGCCCAAUGCAGGCCAUGGUCAAAUGUAGUGCACUAGAGGGGAUAGGGUGACAUUUCAGACGCACCCCUCACACCACCCCUCACACGCACCCCUCACACCACACACUUCACAGAGCCAGGUCUCGCACACACACCUAAAGCUCGCCAUGACAGCAAAAACUUAAAAAUCCUUAUAAGCCCAGAUGUUGCUCCAAAUUUCAGUCUGUGAUUGUGGUCUUUUAUACGAAAGCUUUUACUCUGAGUGGUGCAAGAUGUGUGUUAUUGAAACAAUCAAUCUGCAAAUGACCUUCAAUCUGAAUUACUUUCAAUCUGAAUUACCUUCAAUCAGAAUUACUUUCAAUCUGAAUUACUUUCAAUUUGCAUUAACUUCAGUCUGAAUUACCUUUAGAGCCGUCAGUUAAGAGUAGAUAGAGGUGUUAUCCUCUCCUCAAUGGUCAUAAUAGCUGUGUGCUUAGAGUAGGAAAGGAAUGUGGUUCUGAUAAAAGACAGAAUGAACAUGCUGGAUAACAGAGACCUUAUCUCCAAAUGAUGUAGUAAUUAUGUCAUUAUUAACACACAUUAAGUGACAACAUUUAGAGCAUAAUUUUUACCGUUUGAUUUUUCCAAAGAAGGACAAUCUGUAAUAAGAACAGUAACAUGUUUGAGCAUACUUAAAGUUUUAGUCACACACAGUCCCACUGUUCCUCAGGCUAUGGCAGACAGUUCUGCAGGGCACUGUCACAAAUGCACAGCGAGAGGCUCCCUGCUCUUUUCUGGGAAGUAAGCCACCUACCUCUCAUGUAUAUUUACAUUUCUGGAGAGGAGGAAUAUUUCUCCCACUAUCAAUCAAUCCCUUCUCCCAACCACUUUUCGAUCAUAUGUGAGUUGAAGAUUUCUGCCUUCUCUUGGGCAGUCAACGUACACCUGUUUGUGCCUGACAGUUUCUGUUUCCAGUCUGUGCUCCUAGUUUGUAUUCUUCCUUGGUCUUUCUUACUUUACCUGGCAGAGUGAAAACUAUUCUUUCUCACUUUAAAGGUUGAGUUAGUCAGUGCAUCAUUCUGGCAGUGCUGAAUGUUUUAUGUUGUGCUGUAAUUGAGUUUACUGUGUCUCUCUGUUGGUGUGUUGUUCUCCAGAGGCUAACCUGUCAGAUCUCUCAGGGGACGGUCACCGCUCCUUAGAACUCAUCUCAUGGCUAUAUGGGAUUUUAAAGACUUAUUUGGGGAUGGCGACAAUGGUUACUUGCAGAAUUAAAUGACUAUUUCAGGGAUCUACUCUUCUUCCUCCACACGUUUACAGUGCCUUGUUUUAUAUUUCUCCCAGUCCUACAGUUAAGGUGCUAGAUCACAGAGCUGCAAUCCACCAUCCAUCAGCUACAGUGGCCUCACCGCAUGACUGUGACUCCAUAAUUCCCUCUCUGAAUUACUGUCUUAAUGAGUGAGUGACUGAGACAGAAAGACUGAAUGACUCUCCAUCAUUCACCCUCCCUUUCUCUCUCCGUCUUUUACCCCCUUUCCGUCUCUCUGUUUCUGGCAUUCUUGCCUUCCAUAUCUCUCUUUCAUUCACUCCCUCUCUAUUCCUCUCUCCUCUCUCUCUCUCUCUCUCUCUCUCUCUCUCUCUCUCGCUCUGUCUCUCUCUCUCUCUCUCUUUCUCUCUCUCUCAAUAUCCCUCCCACAUGUGAGUUAGUAAUACAUUACGUCUGGAUCAGAAGUCUUCAGUUGAUAGAAAAUAUCACUCUGAAUCUUUUUGAAAUCAAUACGCUGAGAUGAAUAAAAGUCAGAGAUCAACAAGCCUCACUCAAACAUGCAUUUGAUUAAUGUCUAUACAUCCAGCAUCUAAAAUACACUGCUACCACACAAACCAACAUACCUUUUGUGUUGGUUUGUGUGAUGGUAGUAUAUGUGGUGUACUCCCAUGUCACUGUGCCAAUGACCUAGUUCCACAGCUCUAAGUGCUGUUGGUCAGAAACAUCUAUAAAUAUGUCCUUUGCAUGUGUGUAGUACACAAUCCUGGAAGGCCAUGCUGUCCUUGUGCUUUUGAGAGCUUUCUAGCACUUUGGGCCGAUAAUAAAGAUGAUGCUCUGUUAUAAAACCCAAACGUCAGCCACUCCCCUUGGCGUGACCAGGGCACAGCAGUAUUAUGGGCUCUGUGAGGGCCAUGAAAUAUGGGACAAUCAGGAGGGGAGAGAGAGAUAGAGGGAGAGUGAUAAAGGGAGAGAGAGAGAGAAAGAGAGAAAAAGUGCUCACAGGACCUUACUGCAUGCCGUGGUAAUCCCUGAGUCUCCUUCAUUGGGCCUCAGAUUGCCUCAGACUGCCUCAGGCUGCCUCAGACUGCCUCCACAUCCUCCAAUAUAACAAAGGUGCAGCAGGAAGCUCUUAAGAGCUCAUAAGAGGACAAAGAGAGGAAGCAGUAUCCGAGAGGGAAAAGGGCCCUGGGUCGCACUCAGUCCCAGGACGACUUCCUUUCCCUGAGGAGACACAGCCUCCUGACCCCCCCUCCCCUCUCAGCUGCACUCUCUUUCUCUGCUAGCUUAUAUUGACUUGGUGAGAAGGGAGUGCAGUACUGCACCCCGCCAGUGUGUGACAUCAGUUAGGCUGUCGAAAGGCAACUGGCACUCCUGAUUGAUCUCUUGGUGACGUAAAACCAUUGAGUUCAGUUUUUGGCAUGAAUAUAGUUCAGUGCCACACAAAAGUAGGUUUGACAUUUUAUUCUGAGAUCUUUGUAAGAGACAUGCCAUGGCCUUGAAUUACAUGAUCUUCCUGAAUUUGGGCUUUCACAUAAUACCCUACUGGGCAUAGACGUCAAUUCAACAUCUAUUCCACGUUGGUUCAACGUAAUUUAAUUGAAAUGACGUGGAAAAAACGUUAAGUCAACCAGUGUGUGCCCAGUGGGACAGUUCUUGAAUAUGCUCUUUAAAAUUCCUGCACACAUAUAUUUUGUAUAUAUAACCCAUUUUCUAGCAUUAAACAAAGCUGAUGCUUGAAGUCAGGCAUUACUGAGACAUCAGAAGUUCAGUGUCUCUUCUUCAAAGUAAAUGCUAUUGCCACAAAAUAACUGAGGCUCCUCGUUUUUGCAAUACUUUUUUCCCAGUGGCAUUUUCAAGUGCCAAGAUGAAACAACGCAAAAAAAUUCCAUGUUAUAUUUCUGGUCCUCUUUUUCUGAGUGAAACCGUCUCUGAUGUCCCUGCUGUGGUGUGCGUCUUUGUUUGUGGCUGUGGCAUCCAUGCAAGCCAGGUCUUAAAAAAGUAGGACCGCAGUAUAUGAAAGGGAGAGAUUAUGAAAGACUUGAUGGAGUGCCAAUUUGGGUCCAAGGUAGACACAUGUUCAUGCAUUCUCAUUAUCUCUCUCACACACACAUACUGUGUAAACACACACACACAGAGGCACACACACACACACACACACACACACACACACACACAUUGCCAAGAGUUACACUGUUGAGGGAGAGGUGUUUGCUUCCGAUGAAUGUUAGCAUGUGAAUCAAGAUUAUUAUAAUAAACAAAAACUGAAACGAAAAUUUAAAACUAAUCAUGAAAAAACAAUUUUACAAACUGAAAUAAAAUAAUUAAACCCCUAAACUUUAGGCAAAAAUCUAAUGGGGUUUUCAAUCGGGUUUUCAAGCUAUUUAUUUUUCUUCUAAUGGGGUUUUCAAGUUUCUGAAUCUGGCAGGUAAAUGCUGCCAGAUAAUGGCGAUGUUUCAAAUAGGCCUAGUUUGUGAAUCACUGUCACUAAUUAUCACUUGCUAACAGGGUAGAAAUCUGAUACUGUAGGUAGCUAGCCUAGCCAAAAGGCGAGCACGGACCGUGAACUAUGGCGACAGCAAAUCCGGUUGAGAGUUUCCUUUCAAAUCAAAUGUUAUUUGUCAUGUACACAGUUUACAGCAUGUAUAAAAGGUGCAGCAAAAUACUUGUGUGCCAGCUCCCUCAACAUUGCAGUACAAUAAUCAAGAGUAAAAAAAAAAAGUAAUAGAAGAGGUAGUAAUAGCAUAGUAUUGGCAUAGUAAUAGCCUGAUAUGUACACAAUAGGAUAUACAGUAUAGAAAAUGAAUUGCUAUGUCAAGUACAGUGAGGGAAAAAAGUAUUUGAUCCCCUGCUGAUUUUGUACGUUUGCCCACUGACAAAGACAUGAUCAGUCUAUAAUUUUAAUGGUAGGUUUAUUUGAACAGUGAGAGACAGAAUAACAACAAAAAAAUCCAGAAAAACGCAUGUCAAAAAUGUUUUAAAUUGAUUUGCAUUUGAAUGAGGGAAAUAAUUAUUUGACCCCUCUGCAAAACAUGACUUAGUACUUGGUGGCAAAACCCUUGUUGGCAAUCACAGAGGUCAGACGUUUCUUGUAGUUGGCCACCAGGUUUGCACACAUCUCAGGAGGGAUUUUGUCCCACUCCUCUUUGCAGAUCUUCUCCAAGUCAUUAAGGUUUCGAGGCUGACGUUUGGCAACUCAAACCUUCAGCUCCCUCUACAGAUUUUCUAUGGGAUUAAGGUCUGGAGACUGGCUAGGCCACUCCAGGACCUUAAUGUGCUUCUUCUUGAGCCACUCCUUUGUUGCCUUGGCAGUGUGUUUUGGGUCAUUGUCAUGCUGGAAUACCCAUCCACGACCCAUUUUCAAUGCCCUGGCUGAGGGAAGGAGGUUCUCACCCAAGAUUUGACGGUACAUGGCCCCGUCCAUCGUCCCUUUGAUGCGGUGAAGUUGUCCUGUCCCCUUAGCAGAAAAACACCCCCAAAGCAUAAUGUUUCCAGCUCCAUGUUUGACGGUGGGGAUGGUGUUCUUGGCAGCAUACCUCCUCCUCCAAACACGGCGAGUUGAGUUGAUGCCAAAGAGCUCGAUUUUGGUCUCAUCUGACCACAACACUUUCACCCAGUUCUCCUCUGAAUCAUUCAGAUAUUCAUUGGCUAACUUCAGACGGGCCUGUAUAUGUGCUUUCUUGAGCAGGGGGACCUUGCGGGCGCUGCAGGAUUUCAGUCCUUCACGGCGUAGUGUGUUGCCAAUUGUUUUCUUGGUGACUAUGGUCCCAGCUGCCUUGAGAUCAUUGACAAGAUCCUCCCGUGUAGUUCUGAGCUGAUUCCUCACCGUUCUCAUGAUCAUUGCAACACCACGAGGUGAGAUCUUGCAUGGAGCCCCAGGCCGAGAUGGAUUUACAGUUCAUUUGUGUUUCUUCCAUUUGCGAAUAAUCGCACCAACUGUUGUCACCUUCUCACCAAGCUGCUUGGCGAUGGUCUUGUAGCCCAUUCCAGCCUUGUGUAGGUCUACAAUUUUGUCCCUGACAUCCUUGGAGAGCUCUUUGGUCUUGGCCAUGGUGGAGAGUUUUGAAUCUGAUUGAUUGAUUGCUUCUGUGGACAGGUGUCUUUUAUACAGGUAACAAACUGAGAUUAGGAGCACUCCCUUUAAGAGUGUGCUCCUAAUAUCAGCUCGUUACCUGUAUAAAAGACACCUGGGAGCCAGAAAUCUUUCUGAUUGAGAGGGGGUCAAAUACUUAUUUCCCUCAUUAAAAUGCUCAUCAAUUUUUUACAUUUUUGACAUGUGUUUUUCUGGAUUUUUUUGUUGUUAUUCUGUCUCUCACUGUUGAAAUAAACCUACCAUUAAAAUUAUAGACUGAUCAUUUCUUUGUCAGUGGGCAAACGUACAAAAUCAGCUGGGGAUCAAAUACUUUUUUGACUCACUGUAUUUACAAAUAUAAAGUGGGUACUAGUAGUGUCUUGGUCGCGCAGUUGAAUAAAUAGUAUAUAAUAGAACAGCAACGUUGACUGUGGUUCUGUGUGUGUGUGUGUGUCAGUGGAGGCUGGUGGGAGGAGCUAUAGGAGGUUGGGCUCAUUGUAAUGGCUGGAAUGGAAUAAAUGGAACAGAGUCAAACAUGUGGUUUCCAUAUGUUUGAUACCGUUCCAUUUAUUCCAUUCCAGCCAUUACAAUAGCUCCUCCAACCAGCCUCCUCUGCUGUGUAUGUGUGUGUGUGUGUGUGUGUUUGUGUUUGUGUGUGUGUGUGUGUGUGUGUGUGUGUACGUGUGUGUGUGUGUGUGUGUUUGUUUAUGGGUGGUUGUGUGUGUGUGUGCUUGUGUUGGAUGUGUGGAGAGUCAGUGCAAAUAGUCUCUAAGGUGCAGAUAGUCUCUAAGGUGCAAAUAGUCACUAAGGUGCAGGUCUGUGCAGGGAGACAGCUAGGGUUAGCUGUUCAGCAGUUAUGGCCUAAUUGUAGAAGCUAUCGCGAAGCCUGUUGUAGGGCCAUAUAAAAUCUGUUGUAUUUUUUUGCCUGAUUCCGUUAAUUAUUUUCCCAAAUUCGUUUUUCUCUUUUUUGUUGUUCAAGGUUUUUGCUCUCAAAAUCACACUUUUUAAUUAGAAAACAACUAAAUUGGAUGUUCUAAAUCCUCAACAAUGCUUAAACCACAUCAGGAGACCACUUUUGAGGUCUGGGUGUAGUGACCCUUAAUUCAGAGACUGUUGUUUGGUUAGCGAUGUUUCUGUAGCACUCAUGUGAUUGCAGUGUUUGCAAAACAAAUGGCCACUGUAUUGAUGAAAAUAAUCAUGAUAUCAUUAUGCCAGGUAGGCAUGGGCUACUUUGUAGUUAGCAUUUCAUUGAGAAGGUUUUUGGGGACCUUUCCCUCUACUAGAAGACGGUUGUCAUUACAUUAGCAUCAUCGCUAACUGCUACACAAAGUUGUAGACAAACACACACACACAGACAGGGGCAUUCCUGUGCCAUUGUCUCUUCAGAAGGUUGAAGGAAAAUACGAAUCACUGAUGCAUUUUGUUCAUGUCUUAUAAUAAUCUUGGGCAAAUUUAAUGAAUUUUCGAAUAAGUUCAAUGCAUUUUUGAACAUUGUUGAAUUCCAUUCUAAUGUCUGGAUUUCAUGAUUCUGUCUGCGUUCUCCACAACGUAGAUUUUAUAGUGCCCUACUGUUGGUCCGAGACCAGUUGCUCCGAUACCGUUUGCCAGAUGUUAACAGAGUGAACAGUCCGUGGCUUGGGUGACUGGAGUCCUUGGUGGUCUUCCGGGCCUUCCUCAAACACCGCCUGGUGUAGAUAGAUGUCCUGGAGGGCAGGGAGCUAUGUCCCAGUGAUGUAUUGGACCGUCCGCACCACCCUCUGUACAGCCUUGCGGUUGUGGGCGGUGCAGCUGUAGAACUUUUUGAGGAUCUGAGGGCCCAUGCCAAAUUUCUUCAGUCGCUUGAGGUUGAAGAGGCGCUGUUGUGUAAUUGCUCCAUGUGUGAUUGGUCAAAAGCGCUAAUCCUUUAAAAUCCAAGUCACAUUGAGAUUGACGAACAGUAGGGCACUAUAAAAUCAAGUAGAUACUCAGCACCCUCAAAGCAAAGCACAGUUCAUCCUCAUGUUUCCCUCAAGAGGUUGACAAUGGAAUAAUCACAGUAGCAGUAUAUUGGUGUGACAUCUAAAUGAUGCUGCAGGCGAGAUAGAGGCUUGGCAGGUAGCGGUACACUCAGUAAUUGGCCUAUGGGGGACAUUUUCAGGGACCAAAGCUGGCAUAAGAAGACAGAAACAGCCAUCCUGUUAAUGAGAGAAUGCUGUGAACCCCCUAAUGCUCAUAUCACCAUGUCCUUUUCUUUGAUCUAUCUGUGAUACUAGUGAGCACUAAAUAGGCACUCCCUCCAUAUGUUUCCUACCUUUUGCAUCAGUGUGCAUGGGCUCAUUCUGUUGUUCAAUUGUUGUUGCAUUCUCAUAUGCUCAUGUUUGUGUUUGUUUGUGUGAUUGACAGGCACCACUCGGCUGCCCAGAGAAGGGGAGGUGCCCGGGGUGGACUACAACUUCAUCAGCGUGGGAGACUUCCGUAUCCUGGAGGAGAGUGGUCUUUUGCUGGAGAGUGGAACCUAUGAUGGUAAGGACUCACUAAGGAAGCGUUCAAUAAUUGAUUAAUAAACUUAGUCAGUUGUUAAAUGAGUGACAGCUGGCAAUAGUGAAUUGCAUUGGCCAAGGCUAAAUAGAUUUAUCAGGGAAACAUUAUUAAGAGGCUUGUUAGAACUGAAACCUUCGAUCACAAGGAUGCAAGGAUACUCAAGAGCCCUUGAGCUGCUCUAACCAUUAAGAGCUCUUUUAAUAUGUAGAGCAGCAAUGUGCUGAUGGGCUGCCCCACCUGAUCACGACCCUCAGUAGAUCCUCUGUAGAUGUUUUAACCUGCUGAACCGCAUCUGGCCAGCUGGCUCCACUACUGCAGAGGCAGAGGAGAAGCUAUCUAUGGUUUAUGUAUUGAUGGCCCUCUCCACCUAUGCUUCCAAAAACUACUGGCAGCUACCAGAUCUCUUUAUGUGGCCUUCCAUCCUUACAGUAUCCUCUCAGACAAAAGAGGUGUCCUCCUCUUUAUAAGGGAAAAUCAGUUUAGUUUUUGCAUUGGUGAUGACACACUGAACUUGGCUCUUGUGUGAACUCCUGUAAGUAACCACAGCAAACGUUGUUAUAGCAGCGGAUGACAGUUCAUACAUAGGAAAAUACAUAUACAGUAUAUGACACAAGAAUGGCUGUUUAUGGGUUUUCCUGCUAUCGUAUGUAGUCCCUCACAGUUGAAUUAGUUAUUAUCAGUUUUUUUACUUUUUAAUAACACUUCAAUGGUACAUUAAGUACUCAACCUGCAUUAUGGGGUUGAAUAGUCUCAGAGUAUUAAUGUCAUGAAGGGAUUGGAGCCAGGGAUUUUUCUCACGUUGUCCGAUGAUUAUGGCAAUAACAUGAUAAUCUCUUCUCUUUAAGCUCAGUCUUUCAUACACCAAAUCCCAGCUGCCUGCUGUGGAAUCAGAAUGGAAUGGACUAAGUCUUUGAAUGUUAGAGGAGCACCUCUGGUCUAAUGAUUGGCCCAUAUCACACACUCUCCAGUGUCUCUUCUAUUGCCUCGCGUUCAUAUUCCCUGUGAUCGAGAGUUUAAAAAUGAAGUAAAAUCAUUUUCUGGAGUAAGAGUCUUACCAACCAGCAGCACAGGGUCUAUGAAGGAGCUUGGCACUGGCAGGUCCUGACUGUUGACAGUUUCAAGUUCAAGUUUCAUGCACAACUACAGUGAAAUGCCUUUCUUGCAAACUCAAAACCCAAUAAUGCAAUAAUCAAUAACAAUGUACAGUAUUACUAGAAAAAAACUAGAAUAAGAAAUAUGAAAUACACAAUAAAGUAAGUAAGGAAGCAUACUAUAUACAAGAAAUAUACAGUUCCAAUACUAUAUUUACAAUGUGCAGGGAUAUUGGAGUGAUGGAGGUAGAUACAGUGCAUUUGGAAAGUAUUCAGACUUUUUCCACAUUUUGUUAUGUUACAGCCUUAUUCUAAAAUGGAAUCAAUACAAAAGUAUCAUUAAUCUACACACAAUACCCCAUAAUGACAAAGCAAAAACAGGUUUUUAGAAAUGUGUGCAAAUGUAUAAAAAAUAAAAAACGGAAAUACAUUAUUUACAUAAGUAUUCAGACCCUUUGCUAUGAGACUUGAAAUUGAACUCAGGUGCACCCUGUUUCCAUUGAUCAUCCUUCAGCUGGUUCUACAACUUGAUUGAAGUCCACCUGUGGUAAAUUCAAUUGAUUGGACAUGAUUUGGUAAGGCACACCCCUGUCUAUAUAAAGUCCCACAGUUGACAGUGCAUGUCAGAGCAAAAACCAAGCCAUAAGGUCUAAGGAAUUGUCCGUAGAACUCUGAGAGAGGAUUGUGUCGAGGCACAGAUCUGGGGAAAGGUACAAACAUUUAUGCAGCAUUGAAGGUCCCCAAGAAAACAGUGGCCUCCAUCAUUCUUAAAUGGAAGAAGUUUGGAACCACCAAGGCUCUUCCUAGAGGUGGCCGCCCAGCCAAACAGAGCAAUCGGGGGAGAGGGGCCUUGGUCAGGGAGGUGACCAAGAACCCGAUGGUCAAUCUGACAGAGCUCCAGAGUUCCUCCGUGGAGAUGGGAGAACCUUCCAGAAGGAUAACCAUCUCUGCAGUAUUCUACCAAUCAGGCCUUUAUGAUAGAGCCAGAUGGAAGCCACUCCUCAGUAAAAGGCACAUGACAGCCCGCUUGGAGUUUGCCAAAAGGCACCUAAAGGACUCUCAGACCAUGAGAAACAAGAUUCUCUGGUCUGAUGAAACCAAGAUUGAACUCCUUGGCCUGAUUGCCAAGCGUCACGUCUGGAGGAAAUCUGGCACCAUCCCUAGGGUGAAGCCUGGUGGUGGCAGCAUCAUGCUGUGGGGAUGUUUUUCAGCGGCAGGGACUGGGAGACCCGUCAGGAUCAAGGGAAAGAUGAACAGAGCAAAGUACAGAGAGAUCCUUGAUGAAAACCUGCUCCGGAGCGGUUCACCUUCCAACAGGACAACGACCCUAAGCACACAGCCAAGACAACGCAGGAGUGGCUUCGGAACAAGUCUCUGAAUGUCCUUGAGUGGCCCAGCAAGAGGCCGGACUUGAAUCCGAUCAAACAUUUCUGGAGAGACCUGAAAAUAGCUGUGCAGCGACGCUCUCCAUCCAACCUGACAGAGCUUGAGAGGAUCUGCAGAGAAGAAUGAGAGAAACUCCCCAAAUACAGUUGUGCCAAGCUUGUAGUGUCAUACCCAAGAAGAUUCGAGGCUGUAAUCGCUGCCAAAGGUGCUUCAAGAAAGUACUGAGUAAAGGGUCUGAAUACUUAUGUAAAUUUGAUAUUUUCAUUUUUUGUGUGUUAUUUUUUGCACAAAUUACUAAAAACCUGUUUUUGCUUUGUCAUUAUGGGGAUUUUUGUGUAGAUAAAUUAUUUCAUCCACUUUAGAAUAAGGCUGUAACAAAAUGUGGAAAUGGUCAAGGGGUCUGAAUACUUUCCAAAUGCACUGUAUGUAGAGGGGUAAGGGGACUAGGCAACAGGAUAUAAUUAUUAUAUUAGUAGCAGCAUCUUGUAUGUAUAGCGGUAGCCGUUUGAGAGUCAGUAUUACAAGUAUGCAGAUGCGAAUAGAUGUGUGAAGGACAUGGUGAGUGUAGGUAGUGCAUAAGAGACAUCAAAAAGAAAUAAAAGAUCAAAAAGAUACAAGGGUAAACUAGUCGAUGUCACUAGAAUAUUUUGUUGCUAUAGGUCAAGAGCAGUUUGGGUAGGCUUGGAUGGGAAUUUACAAUAGUAUAUGUCUGUGGUGCGGAUGUCUAUAGAUUCUGGGGUCAACGCAAAAUAAAUAAAUAUAGGGAUGAGGUAGUUGGGUGGCUAAUUUCAGAUGGGCUGUGUACAGGUGCAGUGAUCGGUAAGUGCUCUGACAUGAUGCUUAAAGUUAUUGAGGGAGAUCUCAAUAGAAAUGGAGUCUCCAGCUUCAGAGAUUUUUGCAAUUCGUUCCAGUCAUUGGCAGCAGAGAACUGGAAGGAAUGGCGGCCAAAGGAGGUGUUGGCUUUGGGAAUGACCAGUGAGAUAUACCUGCUGGAGCGCAGACUACGGGUGGGUGCUGCUAUGGUGACCAAUGAGCUAAGAUAAGGCGGGGAUUUGCCUAGCAAAAAACAGAGUAGCAGCAGCUUGUAUGUGAGUGGGUGUGCGUGUGUGUAGAGUCAGUAUAAAUGUAUGUGCAUGAGUGAGAAAAUUAUGAGUGUUUGUGUGUGUGUUAAGGUGACAUUGUGUUUGAGUGUGUAGGGCCGUGUGAGUGUGCAUAGAGACAGUGCAAAAAGAAAUAAAAGAUCAAUAAAGAUACAAGGUUAACUCUGAUUGUCCGUGUAGCUAUUUUGUUAGCUAUUUAUCAUAUUGCUUGGGGAUAGAAGCUGUUCAAGAGCCUGUUGGUGUCAGACUUGAUGCACCGGUACAUCUUGCUGUGCGGCAGCAGAGACAAUAGUCUAUGUCUUGGGUGGGUCGAGUCUUUAACGAUUUUCCUGGCCUUCUUUUCACACCGCCUGAUAUAGAGGUCCUGGAUGGCAGGGAGUUCGGCCCCAUUGAUGUACUGGGCUGUCCGCAUAAACCUCUGUAGCGCCAUGCGAUCGAGGGCGGUGCUAUUGUCAUACCAAGCAGUGAUGCAGCCAGUCAAUAUGCUCUCAAUGGUACAGCUGUAGAACCUUUUGAGGAUUUGAGGGCCCAUGCCAAACUAUUUCAACCUCCUGAGGGGGGUGAGGCACUGUCACGCCUUCUUCACAACUGUGCGUGUGUGUUUGGACCAUUUUAAUUCUUUAGUGAUUUGGACACCGAGGAACUUAAAGCUGUCUACCUGCUCCACAGCAGCCCCCCCCCCCCCCCCCCCCCUCAGCUCCUUGGUCUUGCUGACGUUGAGGGAGAUGUUGUUACUCCGGCACCACACAGUCUCCUGGGCCCUCUGAUGUGAUGUCCCUCCAGAUGCUCCCUGAGGUUCUCCCUGUGAGUCAACCCCCAGUUGACAGACAGCAGGUUGGCAUUGACGCCUCCUCAGACACACUUUGAGCAAGUCCCAGCCCUGUAGGGGAAGACAGAAUUGAGAUCACAUACAGUAAGAAACGGGCUGCAGGUUUCAGAAGCUGCCAAGUCAAGGGACAGCCACCCACGACUGUGAGCUACCCUUCAUCUCUGAGCUGGAGCCAGACUUGUGGGAUUUUCUGCACCUUUACAGGCAGCCAGUUAACACAGUAAAGCACAUAUUCUGAAUGAUUUGAUUAGGCUAGAGAGAGAGAGAGAGAGAGAGAGAGAUUAGGGGAGGGAGAAAGUGAGAAAAAGUGAGGGCCAAGGAUAGAUUUAAAGGACUUCAGCUGAGCUGCUCCCAGAGUCAGCUCUUGAUGGCAAGCUCUCAAAGCUGUACACUAGCAGUGUUUGGCUGGGUGCAAAUAUGUGUAUUGACUUUCUAGGUCUCUAGGUUGCACUUUGCUGUCCUCUGGAGUGCAUUGAAGGCCCUGAUAGUGGCAAGUCCUCUAAAGAAACAGAGACAGCACAAACAUGUUUGGGUACUGGCACAGAGCUGUGGUCUCGCUGCACAAUGAGUAUACUAGGUACAGAGCUGGAAGUAAUAUGAUAUUGAAAUGGGAUUUUUUCCAUUUAGAUGUGCUUGAACUGCAUUGUAUUUUGCCAAAUAGAGUAUCCAUUCUGACUAAGUGUGUGAAACAAACAAGACCCAAUUCUGCUGGAGUAGCCUGCUGUAUUUGAGCCCUAUUUUAUGUCCUACUUUAAAUGCCCAUAAAUUUGACUUGCCCAACUGAGUUGGUUGUGAUCAUAUUACUCUUCAAUGUGAUCUGUAGCUAAUCUUAAUGGUGUUUCCAAUAGCCCAUUAGCCAUUAGCUACCUAGCAUCCCUGCUCUCUGGCUGAUUUGUACUGCCAUGCCAGACAUUCCACCAUCAGAAAACUAGCACUAUUAUCCUCUCUCUCUUCCCUGACUUCCUGUCAUCCAUGGCCGUUAACCCCACCUCCUACACCGACUGUCUCCUUCCUUCUCCUGUGUCCUACACUGAGUAUACAAAACAUUAAGAACACCUGCUCUUUCCAUGACAGACUGACCAGGUGAUUCCACGUGAAAGCUAUAAUCCCUUAUUGAUGUCACUUGUUAAAUCCACUUCAAUUGUGUAUUUGUGCCAUUCAGAGGGUGAAUGGGCAAGACAAAAAAUGUAAGUUCCUUUGAACGGGGUAUGGUAGUAGGUAUGGCAGUUUCCUGUCUGUAUCAAGAAUGGUGCACCACCCAAAGGACAUCCAACUUGACAACUGUGGGAAGCAUUAGAGUCAACAUGGGCCAGCAUCCCUGUGGAACGCUUUCGACACCUUGUAGAGUCCGUGCCCCGACGAAUUGAGGCUGUUCUGAGGGAGAAGGUGGGGUGCAACUAAAUAUUAGGAAGGUGUUCCUAAUGUUUGGUAUACUCAGUGUAUAUCCCCCAUAGUUAAGGAGGGGCUUCGCCACACAGACCACACAGACCCACCCAGUGCAAUGCCAGACCUGCCCUGCCCAGUGAGCUGAGGCCUCUUUCUUCUCCCAGGCGGUGCUGCUGGGAUGCAGUUCAUGCCAGGGCCAAGCAGACACAGCCAUCUGUACCAGGCUCUGAGAGGGAGUCCGUCUGGGCUCAGCCCUUAG